GAUGCCUGCCCCGUGGCCAGUCACCGUUCGCGACAGUUUCCUCUUCAGAACACCAGGACCAAGCCAUCCCGUGAAGUCACUCAUCAGGUCCACAGGAAGCUGCAACAACAACCCCCCACCAACCACCACCACCACCCGAAAAAAACAACAAGUGGAACAACGAAAUAAAGUCAUCAACGUAAAUAAGUGGCUUGCACACAGAGACUUCUUUCACAAACGACGUCUUGGGACUGAACACCAAAGUGAUUCAUUUCAUAAGGAAAGAAAGAAACAAAAAAAAAAAAAACAAAAAAAAACUUUUGAGAACCGAGGAAAAUUUUCUCAAAAAAACUUUAGAAUUAUUUUUUAAAAAAAAAGUCUAAAGAAAAAAUAAUAGUUAUCUUAAUUCAAAGGAAAAAGUUAUUGUCUGGUUUGAAGAAAAAAAAAAAUCCAAAAAUAAAAACUUGAAAAAAAAAAAAGCCAACAACAAAAAACAACUAGAUUAAUAGAAGAAAAGAUCAUAAGUUGGACAUUUCGAGUAAAUUUUCAGGAAGGACAUCGCCUUGGCAGGUAUUGUAAAAAUCACUUUUUUUGUGUGUGUGUUUACGGUGAAAGAAAUAAGCACGCCUUAAUGCAUUUUCGGUCGUUCAAGAAAUUAAGUUUAAAUUACAUACUUUUAUUUUUUGAACGGGUAAAGGACCUGCCACCGAGAAGUAGGGAAAAAAAAUGUGUGUGUGGUUGGGGGGGGGGGGGGGGGGGGGGGGGGGGUUGGGAGGGGGUUGUUUAUAAAAAAAUGUUUUUUUUUUGACAAAANCCUCCCUGUUUUUUUUUUUUUUUUUUUUUUUUUUUUUGUUAGAUGAAAAGACGCGUGAAAAAAAUAAAAUUGCGCUGCUGCCUAUUUUGCCAAGUUAUCUGUGUACUUUUGUCACAUAGCAAGUAAAUACCGUAUUUAUUGGCGUAUAAAACGCCCCGCGUAUAAUAUGCACCUCAAUUUAAGAAGGAAAUUUCAGGGAAAAAACAACUAAACAUUAAAUUGGCGUAUAAUACGUACACAUGAUUUGCCCCUUAUUUUCGGGGAGAAAAAGUGCGUAAUUGUUAUCUUUAAAAUAAAAUUUUAACUUAUUAUAUUGCGAUAUUUUAUUGUACUGAUUUUCCACUAUCGCUAUGAAUCCUAUAUCCUACGCCUGAAUCAAACGAUAAUUUUUCUAUGUGCUCAGCGACCCCCCCCCCCCCCCCCCCCCACACACAAACACACACAUCACCAAAAUAUAAAUAUAUAUAUUUUUACCCCCGUGCGUUAAACUAGCCAGAUUUUCAGUGGACUUGUCUCCCUUGCACAGAACGUCCAUUUUUAUUUUCAGUAUAAGGGUAGGAAUCGUCUUGUAAAUAGAUAUAUUGUACCUGACAUUCACAUGUUCGAAAUGUUUUUAACAAAUUGUUCUUAGCCAGGGGGUGCCCGAUUCCCCCUGGGGAAAGUGGGGGGGGGGAAGACAGAACCACUUUGAACUUAUGACAUACACAGACACAAAAUGCAAACACACCCAAUGUACGUGAGAAGCGAAAACUGAACAUAUGAAACAUUAUAAAAGGCAACGUGGUCUUUUUCAUGAGCAAAAAGGUUAUGCUUAGGCGCAGCAUUUGCUUAAUCGGUUCUUCAUACGUGUAACAUUUCCUUCAUAAGUUAGGCACAGAUCAAGCAUUUUCCUCAAAGAUUAUGCAUAGGUGUAACAUUCGCUUCAUAUAACAUUUGCUUAGUUUUAAAUAUGUUUUUCUAAAAAAAUCUAACCGGAAUUUUCAGAAAAAGGGAACAUUUUAAAAGAAUGAUUAAUUAUAAAUUUCCUUUGUCAUAUAAAGAUUUGAUAGCAUUAAAAUUAUAUUAUAUUUGUGUAUAUAUAUAUAUUGCUAUUAAUCAGAGGUGCUAUAAUCACACCUAUGUCAAGGUGGGGUGUGAUACCUUCACAUCUAUGCCAACUUCGGGUGCGAUACCUUCAAAUCUAUGCCAAUAUGGGGUGCGAUACCUUCACAUCUAUGCCAACUUUGGGUGCGAUACCUUCACAUCUAUGCCAACGUGGGGUGCGAUACCCUCACAUCCAUGCCGACGUGGGGUGCGAUACCCUCACAUCCAUGCCAACGUGGGGUGCGAUACCCUCACAUCCAUGCCAACGUGGGGUGCGAUACCCUCCCAUCCAUGCCAACGCGGGGUGCGAUACCCUCACAUCCAUGCCAACGUGGGGUGCGAUACCCUCACAUCCAUGCCAACGUGGGGUGCGAUACCCUCACAUCCAUGCCAACGUGGGGUGCGAUACCCUCACAUCUAUGCCAACGUGGGGUGCGAUACCCUCACAUCUAUGCCAACGUGGGGUGCGAUACCCUCACAUCUAUGCCAACGUGGGGUGGGGAAAACAUUUUGAAAUCUGGGGAUGUGGCGCUGCAAAAAAAAAAAGUUUAAGAAACUCAGUUUUAAACCAUGGAGCCGUACAGUGAAUGUUUGAGGACCAUCUCGUCUACCCGGCUAGUACAAACACACACAAAUGGUUGUGACGUGCAGCCGUGGCCGUAAGGCGAUUUGUAGCCAAUGAUUUAUCGCCAGCGCCGGUUGUAAUAUGGAGGUGAUGCCUACCACAAACAGACGCUUCCAUUUAUUGGUUACAUCUGAGAUAUAAUAAUACUGCCUACAAAACAGCAACCGAAGAUUUUUCAAUUAAGAUUUUAUCUUGUUUUUUUUUUGUUUUUUUUUUUUAAGGGUAUGAAAGAACCCACGUUUAAACGAAAGAUAUCUUUUAAAGAGACGGUUUCAUUGGCUGGGUGAAGACAACGUAAACGGCCGGGGGUUGCAGACUUGACGCAGGUGAAAGCGCUUACUUGUACUUAUCUGUGUCCACCAUUAUGGCCCAUUAGCGUCCCACAAAGCAGAACUACUUGUACUUAUCUGUGUCCACCAUUAUGGCCCAUUAGCGUCCCACAAAGCAGAACUACUUGUACUUAUCUGUGUCCACCAUUAUGGCCCAUUAGCGUCCCACAAAGCAGAACUACUUGUACUUAUCUGUGUCCACCAUUAUGGCCCAUUAGCGUCCCACAAAGCAGAACUACUUGUACUUAUCUGUGUCCACCAUUAUGGCCCAUUAGCGUCCCCCAAAGCAGAACUAUCAGAUAGCAACCCACAAACAGAGCACGAUGGCAACUGUAGCCGUAUAUUCCAGACAUAUUUGUCUAGAAUUGAGUCGAUUUCGCGGCGAUGCCAAUAACCGAAUUAGGAAAACAACAAAGUUAUAACCGUCUCUUGAUAUUCGAGUCUAUAAGGCGACUCUUAAUAGCCAAGGAUCACAAUAUACGCUAACUGCUGUAUCCAACAAUCUUUGAGGGAUUUUGAAAAUGAUAAAAAGAAAUAAUGAGGGAAACAUUUUAAAUACUUUUUUUCUUUAAAUAGAUUUUAGGACAUCAGAGCUUGUUAAGCUUGCUAAAAUAGCGUGGACACAAGCGCUAUAAAAGUAUUCAAUCAUCAUCAUAUCUAUAUAUAUCGCGCACAUGAAGUUAUAAUAGCAAGUUGAUUUCAUUAUGACAAGAGUAACGCAUAACGUAACUCAGGUUUACUCUAGGAUGUUAGUUGUGGAGGGUCUGUAUGGGGGAAGGUCUGUGUGGGGAGGGUCUGUGCGGGGAGGGUCUGUGUGAGGAGAGUCUGUCUGGGGAGGGUCUGUGUGGGGGAAGGUCUGUAUGGGGAGGAUCUGUUUGAGGGAGGGUCUGUGUGAGGCGAGUCUGUCUGGGGAGGGUCUGUUUGAGGGAGGGUCUGUGUGAGGAGAGUCUGUCUGGGGUUGGUCUGUGUGCGGAUGUCUGUGCGGGGAGGUUCUGUUUGGCGAAGGUCUGUGUGAGGAGGGUUCACAGUGCGCUCAUAUGCGAAAAAUAUAGCACAUGGAGAUCUGUUUUUAUAACAGACAUUUAAAUAAUUGAUUUAAUUUGCCUUUCACAAAUAAUAAAAAAUUCACUCCAAAAGAACCAAACGAACAAAACCUCCAAGUACUUCGCAAUUAUUGGCUUUGUUAUAAGAUACGUUACUGAAAUACUUUUUUUCCCCCAAGUAACUUCAGUAAAUCAAGCUAGUAAAGCGUGGCAUUGGGCAUCAUACAUUCAUGCAGCUGUCUGAUCCUGGCGAUGGCACACGAGAUUUCUUGUGACAUUUUUUUCAGCAAGAAUUUAAACACAGGGAAGGAAGAACGCAAAUGCAUUUUCGCCAUUUUAUUGACAGAUGUGCUAGCAGAGGCGUUUUAAACGGAUAUAGGAAUAAACAUGUCAAAUUAAUUCUAUUUAGCAGAAAUAUUCAAAAGAUACGGAAAACAAAAUUUAUUUAUAUUAAUUAAAAAAAAACAACAACAAAAAAACAACAUUAUUACUGUUAUCGGAAGGCGGUCCCCUACACUCCAAAUACGGUUGCGGGAAAUCCAAUUCCAGCCCUAAAAGUCUGCACACAACUAAAUGUUGUAAGCUCUUCUAUAUUAUUAAAAGCUAGUUGGAGGAACUAUAUUAAGUGUUGCUCUCUUAUCUGUGUCUCUGAAUUCUAUGGCUUCAAACAUCGCCGACAGGAACAAAUGAUGCGAUUAUCUUGUACUCGCAACACGCUAGUUAUAAUCCUUUGGCCUCCUUUAAUCCCACGGCAUGGCAAGCCAAUCUGUUAGGACACGAUCUGCUGUCAAUGUACAAGUCCAGUUUGAGACAGUCACUGAUUGGUUAUUGUUAGCAGCCUGUCCUUUAAUAUCAAGCAUAUCUCCCUCGUCUUUGGCACACAGAUCACGCAGGAACAUUAUUGGUUUACGCACUGUUUUUUGUUCUCAUGUUCAGAUUUUAUAACCUCUAUAUGGACUGACAAAGGACGAAUAUGGAUGGAGACUACGAAGCAACGACGAACUGUAUAGUCCCCUAGUCUAUAUCAUGAUCUCUCACUAAUAGUGAAAAUUUUUAAGAAAAGGACAGGCUGCGCUGGGCGGGACACUUAGAAAAAGGACAAAUGACAAAAGAGUGAAGCGCGUUAUCAAUAAAUAACUUUACAGGAAAACGGCUCAAAGGCAGACCUAAGCUUAGAUGGAUGGAUGAUGGGGGGGGGGGGAAAUGAUAUUCAGCAGCUGGGAAUCCAAGCAUAAAAAAGAAAAACAUUGUUUAGGUUUGAGUGGAAGGAUGUGUUAAGUCAGGCCAAAGUAUGAAAAAAAAGCAGACCUAAGCUUAGAUGGAUGGAUGAUGGGGGGGGGGGGAAUGAUAUUCAGCAGCUGGGAAUCCAAGCAUAGAAAAGAAAAGCAUUGGUUAGGUCUGAGUGGAAGGAUGUGGUGAGGCAGGCCAAAGUAUGAAAAAAAAUCAACUUUCAAAAUAUCAUCAGUUUAGACAAGACAAUAAAUAAAUAAAAAAAUAAUUCUUAAAACUGGAAAAUUCCAAUUUUUUUUUAAAAACUUGAAAAUUCCAAAUUUUAAAAUGUUGAAUUCCAAUAUGUUGGACCAUCACAAAUGUUUCUUAAAACUUUAUGCACACACAUUGCAAAUGAGAUGGUUCUUUGUAAGCCUUUUUUUUUUUUGCUGGCAUCCGUUUGUCACAAUGUGACGACGUUGUAGACCUCGCACAACGAAAUCCCCAAGGGAGUGGGGUGGGGAUUAUUCUUAUUAAUAUUAUAAACUGGUUCCCUACUAGAAAAUUAUCUCUCUCCAAUGGAUAACCCAAGAGAACAUCAUGUGGACGAUGGUGCUUGGCCCCAGGGGCGUCGCAUGAGUUGCCGGAAUGUUUCCUUCUCUUAGAUGAGCUGCCGUGCAAGGUUAGCGGUUGAACUCCAGACCGCGAACUUGAUGAUGACUCAGUUUAGACCACUCUAAUUAAUUGUAAAAUUUGUUCUUGGUCAAAAUAUGUAUUUAAGAUUGUGCUGAAACUGAAAAUGUGAAUAUGUACAAUGUAAUUAAGAACAUUUCCAUUUAUUUGGAUCGAUAAUAGGAUUUUAUCGCAUCUCAUCUCAUCUUAUUUGAUCUUAUAUUGUUUUAUUUUAUCUUAUUAUUAUUAUUUAUUUUUUUUUGAAUUUUAAAAAUAUAGGAUUAUUGAUUGAUGAAUCUGAUUUUGCUAUACAACAGUUGGAGAUGAUUUCGCUUGAAUCCAAAAUUAGAUGUGCUGAAGGUGAAAAUCGUUUGUUGUCAAAGUGCUGUAUCCCACGCAUGAUAUAUGAGAGAUAACACGUGCUACCGACCAUCUCAGGCCAUUAAAGGCUUCUUCGCCCCCCUGUAGUUGGAUACCUAAUAACUAGAAUGCUCACACAAUUCUGACUUGUGAACAUCGACUGAGUUGGGAGGCUAAGUCAAAGCAUCGAUAUUGAUCGACGGACUGAGCUUAAUUCUCUAAGUCCAUGCAAGCCUGAGCCGUGUACUAAGACCAAAUUAUGACACCGAAACCCCCCCCCCCUUUUCCCCACACACACACACACAGUGCGGUUAAAAACGAAACUUGGCAUGGCGCAUUCGAAGUAGUUACGGAAUUACGCCUUGAACUACGAAUGUCUAAACCACUGAGCUAUGCUUCUUUGCCCAGUUGAUGUACACAUCACCGUCUCCUGUUGAAAGUUUCUACUCUAACUCCUAAAGACUUCGGACCCCCCCCCCCCCCCCCCACGAAACAAGCAACUUAUGACAAGAGCCAUUUAAAAACUCGCCCCCAACGCGCCACGAUAUUCGUGAGUUCACGCGCACCUGCUCACUUAACACUGGCUCAAUCUUUAGAUAGUUAACAAGAUUUGGAUCGGCGGAGAAUAGAUCUUACUCUCGGGCUGCCGUCACUCUGGACAGGCGCCGGAGACGGUCGAGCACCUUACUAGCCGAGUGCUGCCCGACGCUGACGACUGGUGUGAAUGGUGGUGCUCCGAGCAUAACCCCGUGUACAGCCUGAUUUACGGCACGGCCAACAGAUGGGGCAGGCCGGUAUCGUUCUUGCCAGGACCAUAAAAGAGCAAUAGCUCAGCCCACCAAAAAAAAAAAAAAAAAAAAAGAAAAUAAAAAAAAAGGUGGUGCUCCGAGCAUAACCCCGUGUACAGCCUGAUUUACGGCACGGCCAACAGAUGGGGCAGGCCGGUAUCGUUCUUGCCAGGACCAAAAAAGAGCAAUAGCUCAGCCCACCAAAAAAAAAAAAAAAAAAGAAGUGAAUGUAAUAUAUUAGAUCUAUCGCUUGAGAUUGUUUACAUAUCAUGACUGAAUGAAUUAGUAACUUUAUGUCAUUAAUACGUCAUUUUUUAGUCAUCAUGUCAGUACGCACUGUUAGAUUAACUUCAUCAUAUGCCCCUCAUGAAUCGAUCUAAGGACUUAACAGACUGGAAAUAGACAGACACGUUGUGUAUACCAGUCUCCAGUGAGAUUCUCUAUGAGGAGCGCACCUUGGCGUGAAUCCUAAACAUUUCAACACUUACAGAAAAUAUGAUAUUUAUUAAUACUAAAAAAAAAAGAUACCUGACCAUUACAUUUGUCUGUCUCAGCCAACCAUUUUGUCACUCCCCCCGCCCCCAACCCACCCAACCCCUUGAGAGAUGUCUGUUUGAAAAAGAAGCCACAAAUUUAAAAUAUCGAUCAUGCCGGGGGGGGGGGGGGGGGGUGGGGGUGGAGAUGAAAGCUCUGUAACGAGAAAGCUUGAAAUAUCUUGAAAUCCCCUCGUUUUGUUGAGUACUGUACUUAAACUCGGCGCGCGGCCACUCGGCCACAGAUCUCCCCCCAGAGUCACAUCGGUCGGCGGGCAGUUAAAAAAUACGCUGAAGACCAAAAUUCAGAAAUGAAAUGACCACUUUGGAGACCUGUUAACAUUGCCAUCCCCGGGACGAGAGACUGGCUACCACAGGCCACUGAAAGUUGCCAUUUCGCGGUAAUCAAUUAUGAACAGCGGGUUCGCCUGGGUGAGGCGAUAGCUGUGUUCCUCGGAGGACGUGGGACUUCUCGGCUGGAACGUAGCUCUGAGGAGGACGAACAAAAUAUUUUAUUAAAAAUUAAAAACACAAAGUCAUUAAAAAAACAAUUUAAAUUAGUCAUUGUCGACCAUUCUCACAGCUUUAUUGGAAGCCUUUUGGAGAAGGCAGGCAGGCAGGCAGGCAGGCAGACAGACAGACAGACAGACAGACAGACAGACAGACAGACAGACAGACAGACAGACAGACAGACAGACAGAUAUAUAGACAUACAGACAUAUAGAUAGACAGACAGACAGACAGACAGACAGACAGACAGACAGACAGACAGACAGACAGACAGAUAGACAGAUAGACAGAUAGACAGAUAGACAGAUAGACAGAUAGAUAGACAGAUAGACAGAUAGACAGAUAGACAGAUAGACAGAUAGACAGAUAGACAGAUAGACAGAUAGACAGAUAGACAGAUAGACAGAUAGACAGAUAGACAGAUAGACAGAUAGACAGAAGAUAGAUAGAUAGAUAGAUAGAUAGAUAGAUAGAUAGAUAGAUAGAUAGAUAGAUAGAUAGAUAGAUAGAUAGAUAGAUAGAUAGAUAGAUAGAUAGAUAGAUAGAUAGAUAGAUAGAUAGAUAGAUUAGAUUAGUUUUUUUUAUCCGUGACUUAAGUAAGUCGCGCUGUGAAGAAAUAAACGUUUCAAGUUGUUUUUUGUUUUUUAAACUUAAAAGUUUCUUUAGACCAUGGAUUGGAAACUUUAGGCUGUUGCACCCAUUAAAAAAAAUGAGUUGCACUACUUAAACCGGAGCACAAUGAAGACAAAUAUUACAUAGAAUGAACUUUACCCCCCAAAAAAGUAAAUAAAACAUUAUUACGUCAGACAUAUAUGACGUUACAGUGUACAUGCAAAUAAGGUCAGGUAUUUUUAGCAACAAAAUUAAGUACAUCCCUUUUAGUUACGCGAUUGGACCUAUUCUUGUCACGUGCUAUGUGAACGAGUGAGGCGGACACACAAUCUUAAAAAUAUGGCAUUUGCCCCGCAGACUCAAGACAAGGGAAAUUGGCGCGAAGAUCUUUGGUUAGGAGAAAAUGAGCUGGCGUUUCCUGGACAAGUGGUCACCAGUAUCUGACAAACGCAUGUCUUUAAUUAUUCCUGCUUUAUUUCCCGGCGUUAUUCGAUGUAUGGGCUAUAGUGUAAAGGCAAUCUUUAAAAUUGGACUUAAUAUGAGCACCGAGUGGGCUUAUACAUGUAUGUGCCAGAUUCGUUAGAGACGUGCCGAAAAUACUAUGAAAUGAAUGGAGAGAAGUUUAAAUAUCACUUCAAACAGUAAGGAGGCAAACAAGAUAAGAAACAGAAAAAAGGGGGCAGGUGGGGCAGAGGCGUCAUUUCAGAUGUUUUCAGAUUGGGGAGGGGUGUGGGGUUAAAAGCAAGAAGUAGUCGGCCUGUUAAGUUGUUUCUUACUGGAGGUGCCACAAUACAUAGCAAUUUAGAUGACACCUGCACAUUCAAAGGGGGGGGGGGCAAAUGCUCCACCAUGCCUCACCCAAAUGACGUCCCCGGGGGGUGGAGGGGGAUUUUCACUAUUCCAUCUACGAAUACGGGUGUACAAUUCUUACUCUGGUUAUGACGUGAGUCGUGGGGUAUUAAAGCAAACAUUUUUUUUCCUACAUCAGAUAAAUCAUUACAGCUUUGGAUAAUGAAAUAUUUAUUUAAAAAAAAAAUUCUCAGAUCGCAAUAGACUCACGUCUUAUGUUACAACAUAUUCCUGACUUAUUAUGGCAAGUAAACGGGGAAAAUAUAUUUGGUCAAUCAAUGUCCUCUAUCAACAUUUGGAAUGACUCGUGGCAGACGCUUGUAUCGUCAUCUAUCGGGCGGGCCGUUGCAUUACGUUGGGCGGUCCACAGAAUUGAGUUAGGCGGCCUGCCGGCCUUGUGUUUGAGACAUAAGUUUUCCCCACAAAAUGUCCCGGCGUCAUUGGCGAAAUAGCAAGUAGCAUCAGGCGAAAUGACCGUAGAAUGGUCUUGAAGCGAUUGGCUGAAGAUUCGGGCCUGGGGGGUGGAGAAGGGGUGUGGAGGGGGGGAAUCCUGUAAUGACACAAUCAAAUGGUCAUUUAGCCUGGGGGAUGUGCCAUGCUCUGUGUACGGCGAAGCUGUAAUGACGUCAUGAAAAUGGAUGUGACCUGAGGCUAAAGGUCUUGCACCCCCCCCCCCCCGGUCCCGAUUCGCACAGCUAUGGACAGUGGCGUGUAUGACAGAGCUGGAUCCUUGACUAAACAGUGGAUUCCCCAUAAUAACAUGUCAAGAUAAUGGCAUUGGCAUAAUAAAAUGACUAAAUAAUGGUAUUGGCAUAAUGAAAUGACUAAAUAAUGGCAUUGGCAUAAUGAAAUGACUAAAUAAUGGCAUUGUCAAAGUAGCAUGUCUAGCCUUCAUGCCCAGACCAACUUUCAAGGGCUAUUUAUUCCGAGACAGAGGGUCAACUCCCCAAACAAAGGGAAGGACUGUUUGAUACAGGCGAUCUUGUUUGUCUGGCUUUUUAUUUAUUAUUCUGUCCGCUUGCUUAGGGAAGGCGACGCGGAGAGUUCUUUGUGUGACGCACUGCCGUACAGUUUGUGAUUUGCUGUACGGUUGGCAAGUUGCCGUACAGUUGGUGAUCUGCCGUAUUGGGUGUGAUCUGCCGUACAGUUGGUGAUCUGCCGUACAGUUGGCGAUCUACCUUAUCAUUUGCGAUCUGCUUUACUGUUCACGAUCUGGCGUACUGUUUACGAUCUGCCGUACUGUUCACGAUCUGCCGUACUGUUUACGAUCUGCCGUACUGUUUACGAUCUGCCGUACUGUUUACGAUCUGCCGUACUGUUUACGAUCUGCCGUACUGUUUACGAUCUGCCGUACUGUUUACGAUCUGCCGUACUGUUUACGAUCUGCCGUACAUUUUGCGAUGCAUCAGUUCUUGCUCCAAUGUUGGUCUCUUCAGCACUCUGUUUUCUGUGCCUGUCGCAGCGGGGUUUGCUAUCGAAGUCUUAAUGAAUACAUAUACGAUAUUAAUGUAUUGCAUGUAUAACGUUUAAAAAUAAAUAAAUAAAUAAAUAAAUUGGGUAAUGGAUUGUGGGAUGAUUCUUACUAAGCCUUUACAUUGGAAAGUUUGGGAAACUCCGAUCGCAAUCUUCAGGAUAUACAAUGAUUUCACAUAAAAUAUCAUAGGCGAACCGGCAACCGCUGGUUGCCUGAAGAUAAUUCCAUAUCCGGUAGAUCGAACAAUAAAAUUAGAUUGAGGGGACGGUCAAAGAAAAAGGGGGGGGGGGAUAAUAUUUGGUGUGGGGCAUUGAAACUUUUCAGUGACUAGAUAUGGCAUGAGUCAAAAAAUAAUGCGGGCAGCACUGUUAAAAUUCAAUCGACAGACACGAUUUGUCCUAAUAAAUUUUUUGGAGCGAUUUCAAUUUCGAUUAUAUUAUCAGUAGCUGGUCUCGGAUACAGCAUUUGUUACACGCUGCACGAGUUGACGCUCAAAACAAAAAAUAAGAUCAAGUUUAAAUUGAGUUCUUCAAUUCUAGCCUCUAAUUGUUUUUUUUUUGUUUUUUUGGGGGGAUCUAGAUCGCGUAUCACGUGACUGAUUGGACACGGUUUUCAGUUGCAUCUGUCUUUGUGUCGUUUAAUCUUAUCUGUCUAUCCAAAAAAUUUUUGGAACCAAUAUCCGACAUAACGAAACAGUAACAAGAUUUGGUGAAUAUUGUAUGGUUGGCUUUAUUUUUUUGUUGUUUUUUUUAAAAUUCUUCUUCAUUUUUUUUUUCUUUUAGGGGUGAGGGUUCUUAAGCUGGUCGGUAUUUUGGAGUAGAAAUAAUAAUUUAAGAAUCCCCCCAAUCCCCACCCCCCGCCCCCAUUUUUUAAAAUUAUAAUUGUUCCGUAUGUCGUGGGUAUUCACUUUAAAAAUAUUUGUUGUUGUUGUUAUCGGGGAAAUUAGUUAGCAUAAGGUUAAAAAAAUGUGUCUCCUAUAAUUUAAAUAAUUUACAUGUUAAAACCAGGCUAACUUAUAUUUCUUUCAAGUCCUCGACAGACCAAACUUCAAUGCUCGCCCAGAUGGCGCUACCAAUUCCCAAAUAAAUUAUUAAAAAAAAAAAAAAAAACGGUUACACUGUUUGCUUAGGAAAUGAAAACGAGAGUGUCGAAUGGAAGAAAGAAAAAAAGAAAAUGACAAACGACAACAUCGUUUAGCCCGAAGCCUAAUCUUUGCCAGUCCCUUUGAUCCUGCUGACAUCUUAAAACACUGUUCAAAUAGUCGAAAUUCAUCAGCGCAGCGAAAAAAUAAAAAUAAAAAUUUUGUAAUUUUUUUUUUCCUCUUCAAAAAUGUUCCAAACCAUCACUCACGCAUAAUAUGUAGCGUGACGGCACAAAAUAAGUGAAUGCCUCGCGGUGUCCAAUACCAGCCAUCACGCGAUAGGUCGCUUAUCAUGUCUGAUUUCGGCAACGUCGCAGAGUCAGUACGCUGGAAUAAUAAUUCGCAUUGUUAUGUGGGUGGAAUUUGAUUAUUUCCAUUGAUGUGUUUCUGUUUUAGAAUGGCGUAGUUUAGACUUAGUUUAAGUCAACGCAGGGCCGUAUCGGCAGAGUAAAAUCUUAAGAAUACAUUAUAGUAUCUUAGGAUUCUUUUUCAUUUCUUUUUUUUUCUUUUUUUCUUCUUUUCCUAGAGCAAUUUAUCUGUGACUUCUUGUGUUAGAGUUGAUUGAUCAGCACGUGCAGCGGUGGUACUAGCCAUGUUAAAGAACAUUGACUAGGCUCAUUAUUUCCCCCUCUUACCUUCUCCCGUGGUUAAAUUGCUCAGCUCAGCGGAAUUGAGCUGGUAGCCAAUGCACUAGCCGGGGUCAUCAGAGAGUAAUCUCAAGGCCCUCCACCAGGGUAUGCGCGUUAGUGAGUACAGUGGUGGAAUUCGGCCGACUGACCCAUUAUUUUGUUUUAGAAACCAUGGUUAGAAAUGGCAAAUGUUGUCGGAGAUCUCUUUUAGGCGGGGCGCCUCUCGCAUUAGCCAAAUGUGAAAAUGACGAAUUUACCUUCCUUAUUUCCUUAUAACCAUUUAUCUCUCUUAAAAACAAAAUUUAGUUUUUCCGUACAUAUUUUAUUGUUAUUAUUUAAGUAUUAACUGUAUGAAACAAUCAACUGCCUUGGGGCAAGAUGGUUUUUUAUCCUUAAAAUUGUAUUUAGGGCAAAAAACUGGUUGUUAAAUUAUAUAACAGAAAAAUCAACUUUUUUUUUCGCGUACUUUCUGUUGUUUAACAUACUUUAAAAAAUAGUAUUUCUGUUCUCUCUUAAUUAAAAAAAUAAAAAUAAAGCAUACUUUUGGUAUUAUAUUAUCCAGUACUGACUAAAUGGUCACCGGGAAAUUUGUACGAAAGAAUUUGCUUCGAAGGAAAAUUGUUCGACGGAGGUUGAUUCAAAAUCAGUAUUUUAUUCAAAUCUAUAUUUCCUACAAAGUCUGGAAUACAUUAUAAACCGUAAUUCUUUAAAAGUAAGUAUUUCAUUCAGUGUCAUCACUAUGGGACACAGUUAACCACAUUCAAACAGGAUCUUAUGAUGAGACGCAGUUUUAACAAAAAAUUAGCCGACGGCGAAGGAACCUCCAAGAUGACGUCAACGACCUUACACUUUACUGCAGCUCUAUUCCAUGCAUUAAAUAGAAUGUACUGAAUUCUAAACGUACGCCUCUGGGCUUUGUUAAGCCCUCUCUGGCGACCCCCCCUAUUUUAUUAUUCAUUACGGAUUAGCCUCAUGUGGCUAUUUGGGGGAACACAUGGGUUUAAAUGUGAAGAAAUUUAAGCAAUUCUUCGAACCUUAUUUAAACGAAAAAAGAAGGAAAAAAAAGAAAACAAAGAUUUUCUGUGCUCCUUUUCCCGCUAGCGCCCUUUAAUGACAUUCUGCAGGGCCAGUGAACCUGCUUUACAACCUAUAUCAAGUUGAAGCCAGGAUAGCUGUAUGAAAAUAAAAUCCGUGUUGUCGGAAUUUUAAGGUAUCCCCCCCCCCCUUUUCCCAAAAAAAAUAAAAAAAUUGCACGAUAUGUUUGUGUUUAAAAUGUGAUCACCUCUAAUUAACAUUAACUGAUGUCGAUGUGUAAUGGUAUUCUGGAUGUAGUUGUAUCCUGCUUCACUACCCAAAGGCCCUAAGUUUUAUAGUUUACCAAAGAUAUCGCUCAGCACAAUUCGAACCGGAUUAUAAAAGUCCGGUGAUUAUGUUAAAGCUAUUUCUGUUGUCCAAUCGUCGUUAUUUCUGUCAGCCAAUUAUUGUUAUGACUAUUGCUGCCAGCCAAUCAUCGUUAUAACUAUUGCUGCCAGACAAUCACAGUUAAACUAUUUCUGCCAGCCAAUCACCGUUAUAACUAUUGCUGCCAGCCAAUCAUCGUUAUAACUAUUGCUGCCAGCCAAUCAUCGUUAUAACUAUUGCUGCCAGCCAAUCAUCGUUAUAACUAUUGCUGCCAGCCAAUCAUCGUUAUAACUAUUUCUGCCAGCCAAUCAUCGUUAUAACUAUUUCUGCCAGCCAAUCAUCGUUAUAACUAUUGCUGCCAGCCAAUCAUCGUUAUAACUAUUGCUGCCAGCCAAUCAUCGUUAUAACUAUUGUUGCCAGCCAAUCAUCGUUAUAACUAUUGCUACCAGCCAAUCAUCGUUAUAGAUAUUGCUGCCAGCCAAUCAUCGUUAUAACUAUUUCUGCCAGCCAAUCAUCGUUAUAACUAUUGCUGCCAGCCAAUCAUCGUUAUAACUAUUGCUGCCAGCCAAUCAUCGUUAUAACUAUUGCUGCCAGCCAAUCACCGUUAUAACUAUUUCUGCCAGCCAAUCACCGUUAUAACUAUUGCUGCCAGCCAAUGACCGUUAUAAAUAUUGCUGCCAGCCAAUCACCGUUAUAACUAUUGCUAUCAGCCAAUCAUCGUUAUAACUAUUUCUGCCAGCCAAUCACCGUUAUAACUAUUGCUGCCAGCCAAUCAUCGUUAUAACUAGUGCUGCCAGCCAAUCAUCGUUAUAACUAUUGCUACCAGCCAAUCAUUGUUAUAACUAUUGCUGCCAGCCAAUCACCGUUAUAACUAUUGCUACCAGCCAAUCAUCGUUAUAACUAUUGCUACCAGCCAAUCAUCGUUAUAACUAUUGCUGCCAGCCAAUCAUCAUGACUAUGGAUACCAUGCAAUCAUCAUUAUAUCUAUUGAUGCCAGCCAAUCAUCUUUAUAAUUAUUUCAUUAGAACUAUUUUUUGUCAGAUUUCAAAUUGUGUAUGCGUAAUAUUAUUUCCUAUCACCGUUGUUCAUUAUACCCCCACUUCCAACCAGAAGCUCCUGAAUUAUUAUUUAUUACUAAAUACACAAAACUUGUCAUUUCCGUCAUAAUUUCAUGUUGAAAAAAACAAAAACACACACUCUGAAGAACGAAAGCGUGUAGCUGAAACAAUAUAUUACAGUAAAACUUGCAAUUGCCGUAUAUUUAUAACGUUUGUACAUCCUUAUCUAUAAGUUUUACAACUUUGCUCCGGAGUUAGCCUUGUAUAGACAUAAUUGCGCCUUCUGUUUUAUGACGGAAACAAUAGAGCAAAUCUAAAUCGUCUCAUGUUAUUCAAAAGUUCAACACUGUGACAAGUAAGAAAUGAUAAAACUAAUAAUAAUUGCUAUAUCUGUCCACUCAACUUGGGAUACAGCUUGCAUUCCUCAUAUAAUUUACGCGACUGAACCUUUGAGUCUUUUAAUUUUUAAAUUAACAUUAAUUUUAAAAAAAAAAUCUAUCUUUUAAAGGAAUUUUUUAAAGAGAAAUGUUCUUGUCGAAACCUUUAUUUCCGUCAACGGUUCAGUUGCUCUUGAGAUCUGUCUCAUUCCCGCGUCCACUCAAACCGAGCACGGUGACAGAUUAUUAUGGGGAAGAAAGUGACUCAUUGUCAAGACGUGACAGUCACAGCUGUCCACUUGUGACAGACGUGGACGGUCGCUGGUGUAUUAAAAAAGAGAACCCCCCUUCACCCCCCCCCCCCUUUACGUCUCUCACGCGGGGGAUCCACUGCCUUAAAAAAAGGAAAUGUUGAUCACGCUGACACCUUAUCUUGGAACAUAAUGUUCGUUGAAACAGGGGAGCAGUUUUUUAUGCAAGGUCCCUGAAGUUUUUGUUGGUGUUAACCAUUGGGGGGGGGGGGGGAAAGGGGGGGGGGGGGCUAGCUAAGAGACCACCCUGUAGGAAAGAUUAAGUCUUUGAUGUAUUUUGGUAAAGUGUAGGAUUAUGUUGGAAUUCAUCAUAGUUCGUUGUUUUGACGACAUAAACGUCGGGCAAAAGUUACACAUCACGAUAAAUUUAUUAUUCUAUUAUAUUUAAUAAAGGAAUUUGCAUUUGUUCAGUGGUUUAAACAACAUGACGUCAUUGGACUUAAUUUAAAAAUCGAUGAAUCCUCAAUUCAGGCCAUUUUCUUAUUUGAUCAUCUCAUUUUAUCUGAGCGGCUAAUUGGCUGAAGAAAUCGUUUUUUUUUUUUUUUGUUGUUGUUGUUUUUUGUCGUUUCAUUAAAUAAAGUACGAGCAAUGUUAUCUCGUAGAUCUUGUAGCAUUUUUAUUAUUCCUUUAAUUUCUUUAUGAUCAUUAGAUUUAUAAAUCGAAUAUUCCGCUAUCUGGAGCACAUUAAAGUCAUCUUUGAAAAAAAAAUUGGAACCAUGAAUCUUGAUAUGCAAUAAAAAGAAAAAUGAAAUGAGCUGUUUGAUAAAGUACAAAUGAAAACAGUGAAAAAUUGAUUUCUUUUUUCAAUAAACUAAAAAAGUUUUUAAAAAUAAUUGGUAAGGGGUCGUUCGUAAAUUACGUCACGCAAAAAAUGACCUUUCAAUACCCCCCCUUUUUAAAAUAAAAAAAAGGACAUCACAAAUUUUUGACCCCUCCCCCCCUGUAACAAAGUGGUAGACACUAUUGGAGACCCAGUAGCUACCCUUUAAUACACUCCAUUAGACAAAGUUACAAUAUUUUAUUAGGAUGAUCACGCGUCACAUCCUAUCUUAUCCCGCGAUGUUUUAUUGUUUUGAAGUUAUUUUGGGAGACUUAAUCUGGUGACUAUAUUUCCUUUCGUUUUUUUUUUAAAAAUUGUGUUUAUUCAAAUGGAAUGGCAUAUUUAUAUCCACGAUGAUGGAUGUUAAAAUAAGGAAUAAACUUUGCGUAUUUAAUGAACUUGAAAAAAAAAAAAGAAGUUAAAAUAAAGACUUCUAACGGUUCUCACAAGGUCAGGGAAUCAUUUUAAAAAAAUCAUUUUAAAACGAUUUUUAUUGACAAGAAAUCAAGUUCCCUUUUUUUUUUUACGCGAUCAGGACAUUGUUUCUUCUAACCAAUGGAACAGUAGUUGUAUUGAAUUCUAAUAGGGGAAUGCGUUAUUGGAAGGACGAAAGGACAAGGAAAACCCACAAGUGUCUCUCCCAACACCAUUUAUCGUUUGUGGGGUGGUGGGUGGGGGUGAGGGGGUUGUGCUAUGAUUUAAGAAGUCAAAUAUAAAUAUUUUUUGAUUUGAAACUCGAAGUAUGUUGAAGUGUGAUGAUGACAUUUCACAAGUAUUGUUGAAUCUUAUUGAUAGUUACCUGUGUACUCUAGACUCGGAAGGUCCAACACCAGUUCAACUCUGAUACUUUUAAGGAUCCCCAGAGUUUUAUAAGCACGUUGAUUCACGUUUGGUACACGUAAGUCGGAUGGAAUCUCAAAAAAUAUUUUUUUUUUAAAUUGGGGACUUUUUUUUAAUGAGAGUUAUUCGGUGAGCAUUAUGGGUAGGUAUCAUUCCGACAGACAGCUGGUGUCCAUAUUUAAAAGACACACAAAACAUUCAUGGCCCCUCCAGGCCGUAUCGCCGGGAGCACUUUCGGGACGGUGCAAUGGAGUGAGCACAUCAGCGCUAAUGACCCUGCGGCACCAGCCACACGCGCCACGAGGGACAACAACACCAUGGCGGCACAUCGAGUCAUGAUCGCACUUAUUAAUUGUCUUUUUCAGCCGCGACGUCACGCCCCCCCCCCCCCCGUGCCCUCUCGCGGCACACCAGAAGCCUGGCCAUAUGCCAUAAUUAGGCUGCGAGCACGGAAUGGGGUCGGACAUUAGUCUACGGCGAGAGUCAUUAAAAUAUUAUGUGCUCAUUGAUUGAAUGGAAUGUAUGUGCCAGACGCUGACCUCGUUGUCCUAUAGGUACACGCCCCGGUGAACUCCCGGAGACUGGGAGUCGGUAGAGAUGCCUGCCCUCCUCUGAUUGCAAUGCGGCUCAUCAAGAGUAGAAAAGAACACAUUCCUAGAAAAGUUUUUCAAAUCUUCUCGACUUGUUUGAUGAGGAGUCUAAACCAUUUCUGUGUAGCCCUAGCUUCAAUGAGUCGAAACCAUUUUUUUACGUUUCUCUAGCUCUCAGGAGUCUAAACUGGUUUGGUGUGUCUCUAGCUUCAAGGAGUUUAAACUAUUUUGGUGUGGCUCUUGCCCCAUGGAGUCUAAACCAUUUUGACGUGGUUUCAGCUCCAUGGAGUCUUAAUUUUUUGGCGUUACUCUAGCUACAAUGAGUCUAAACCGAUUUUACGUGUCUUUAGCUCCAAUGAGUUUAAACCAUUUUUGAAUUGCUCUAAAGCGUUUUGUUCUGGCUCUAGCUCCAAGGAGUCUAAACCAUUUCGGCGUGGCUCUAGCUCUAAGGAGUCUAAACCAUUUCGCAUGGCUCUAGCUCUGAAGAGUCUAAACCAUUUUUAUGUGUUUCUAGCUGAAAGCUAAAUCUGAUUUCCUUUAUGACCGUUACGCGAGCACAUUUUAAACAUAAACUACAUUUACUUAGAGGAACAUGCAAAUCUCAAGUCGGUAUAAUAUUGUUUGGGUCUAGUUCGUUGGGUAUGGGAGUAUGAAUCGCAAGUUAUUUAUUUGUUUCGACAUAUUACAAAAAUAAUGAAAAUACACAAUUAUCCUUGUAAAAAUGGCACUAACACGAUCAGAUGGCGUUGAUUUCACGAAAUAAAAUUCACCGAUAAAUGCGCUCAAUGAGAUUCUUCAGGGUCAGAAAGUGUCAACGGAGACAUCCAUGUUAUUCCCAUAAUGUGAUAAAGGUGUCAACGGUGCUUGAACAUACCUUGUUUUACUAGUUCAUUCAGAUAGCUUGAGCGCAGUCGUUCAAUUAUUAUUCUCAACGGUGCAGGAGCGAAUAAGUGAGCCAGCCCUUUAAAAAUUAAAAAGAAAAAUAUCUUCGUUUUUGUUUGUGUGUGGCAACAUUUUCGGAAGGCUAACUGACCCACUUUCCGUCAUCCUAUUGAGCUCAAACUUGACACAUAGACUCGUUGCCGACGGCAACACACUCCUAUCAAAUUCAGCCCCCCCCCCCCCCCAUCACUAACCUCCUAAAAUCAGUUUUUCAUGUUGUUAAAAAAGGUUGAAAAAAGGGUGGGGGGAGGGUUUCGAUGGCUGUUAAUGAUUUGUUCAAUGGUUGUGUGUUUUGGUGCGGAGAUUAAUUGUGUAGCUGUUACUCUGUGCUUUGUAUUUGUGACAUGUUUGGGUUUAAAAAAAAAAUCUUUUAGUCUGUUAGUUUUCUCAUGCAAUAAGUUUGAUAAAAACCAUUCCAAUACCAAAAAAAAACAAUCAGUUGCUACAAUCACAUCAAUGAUAAAUCACGGACAGUUGCAUACAUUCAAACCAAUAUGCGGAUAAAAGGGUCAUGCGAACAACUUUGUUUUUAAGGGUUGUUUGAUUAUCAUUUGAACCAGAAAUAAAAAUAAUAAUUCUCAAAAAAACGAGUUUGUAAGCUCAUUUGGUUUAAUCAACAGAAGACAGCAACCAAUGCAUUACUCGGUAUUGCUAGACCAGGUUUGAAAUUAGUAUUUUAGAGCCCCCUCAAAAAAACAACAACACAGGAACACUAUCCUAAGCAUCGCAUAUAGUGUAGUCUGAUUGAAAGUGCCCGUUCUCUUGAGACAGAAGCCGCUCUCGGCGGCACUAACAUCUCGCGUGGGGUAGGCGCGUGCAGCGAUGAUGUCAUGAGCAGGACCAUUUAAUUAGCUUGUAGCAGACCAGGGGAUUGUGGGGGUACUUUACAACAGGUCCCCGAAAUGAUAGAGAUGUUGUACAUCUCCGUUGAAAAGUUAAAAAAAAAAGUUUUUUUAGGUUCUAUGGCAAAAAACACAGUUGAUUUGAAUGUGAAAUUGAUGCAACUAAUAGUGAAAUGUCCCAUACUAGAUGCAGAGAUCUUAAAUUUGCUUCAGUCCAAACCUAAAUUCCUUAUAUAAUGUUCAAAGCAACACCACCCCCCCCCCUCCCCCACGCGAAGUUCAUGAAAAUAAAAAAAAACAACAAAUUCUAUGUCGAGCUAAUACAAACUAAUUUCGAAAUGUAUUAUAAAUUUGCUUCAGUCCAAACCUAAAUUCCUUAUAUAAUGUUCAAAGCAACACCACCCCCCCCCUCCCCCACGCGAAGUUCAUGAAAAUAAAAAAAAACAACAAAUUCUAUGUCGAGCUAAUACAAACUAAUUUCGAAAUGUAUUUAUUCAUGAGACGAUGAAUCGUGAGUCAUAAUGUCAAUCUUGUUUGUCCUUCACUAUAUCAUGCCAUCUAAUUAAAAACAAAACAACAACAUUCCCCCAAAUGCUAUCGUCUUGACAGCUGUUACUUAUUUUUCAAUUGUCUCCUCCACCGACCCCCAACCUUUCAUUGUCUGAAUAAUUACCAGUGUAGUCAAGCUGUGACGUCUGGUGUAUCUGUAUAUACAUUUUUUUUUCACUUUUAAAAGUUACACAGGAGAAGGAAAAAAAAACAGGGUUUACAAUGUUAAUAUUUUAUAACGAGCAAGUAUUCACAUCCUAAUUAUUUCCAUUUAGCCCUUUCCAAGCCAGAUACGCGUUCAGUUCUUUGAAGAUCAGUGGGAUUUCCAAGCCCUUGUCGGACGAUUCUCGUUCUAAAUGUAACAAGUAUCGUAGAGUGUCGGCUCGCUCUAAAUGACCCCCCCCCCCCUGGGGCUGGGCCCCUUUACAAAAAAAAAAAAAAAAAAAAAAAAAUCUUUGAAGAUCAGUGGGAUUUCCAAGCCCUUGGCGGACGAUUCUCGUUCUAAAUGUAACAAGUAUCGUAGAGUGUCGGCUCGCUCUAAAUGCCCCCCCCCCCCGGGGGCAGUGCCACAUCACAAAAAAAAAACAAAAAAAAAAAAUCUGCAUUUGGCUGAAAACGUCACCCCCUCAACAAAUAGAAAAAGUGACGCCUGGGGCGGACCACCCACUUUACACCCCUUUCCCACCCCAGAGAGACUUGGUUUUGUGGCAUGUUAUUUUUUUUUGGUGUUGUUUGUUUUGUUAACCUUAUGAUAACGAUACACGAAAAAGUUGUAUAUGAAGAUGUCUAUUGUGUUGCAUCCUCAGGAUAGCUGUCCACCAGUGUGGUAAACUCAUGGUGGUCCCCCCACCUCUAAUUUUCCCCGAGAUUUCUCUACUAAUCUCCUCCAAGCAUGUCUGCUUUGGUAUAGCCCAUACUUCCGUACUGACCUCUUCCAAGCAUGUCUGCUUUGGUAUAGCCCAUAAUUCCGUACUGACCUCUUCCAAGCAUGUCUGCUUUGGUGUAGCCCAAACUUCCCCACUAACAUCCUUAAUGCCUGCCUGCUCCGGUACAACCCUGUCCAGAUAAGUUCGAUCUAUUAUGAAACCGACCCGAUCUCGAUCAACAUCGGAGGGUGCCAACCUCUGAGGGCCCGCCCCCUGCAACGCCGUGGUGACGUUUCUCUGUUUACAUACCGGGGAGUACCAGGGCAAUUACCCCAAUAAUAUGUCCUUGGUAGGUUCAUCGUGUAAUGAUGACAUUGGCCUCGUUCUAGAUAUUUGGCCGGUAUUGAGUAUAAGUAUCGUACCGUGCUGGAACUUCUUCAGUGGCUUUUUUUUAAUGUUACCACCCCUGGAGCUUGGUUAAGAGGAUUGGGCACCUGGAGAAUUCGUGAGCAUGUUUGAGAGAGAUAGAGAGAGGGCUAGAGACGGAGAAGCAGGGAGAGAAGCGAGAGAAAAGAAAGAGAAAAAAGAUAGAAAAGAGAGGAGAGAGAGAGAGAGAGAGGGAGAGAAAGAGAAAGAGAGAGAAAAAGAGAAGAUGAGGUAAAAAAGAGAGAUGGAGAGAAGAGAGAGAUAUUGAGAGAGAAAAGAGAAAGAGAGAGGAGACAAGAGAGAGAGAGAGAGGAGAGAGAAAAGUGAGAGAGAGAACAAAGAAAGAGGGGAGAGAGAAAAGAAAGAGUGAGGGGAGAGACAAGAGAGAGAGAAACGAGUAGAGAGAAAUGAGAUAUAAAGUGGAGAGAGAAAAGAGAUAGAGAGGUAGGGGAGAGAGAGAGAGAGAGAGAGAGAGAGAGAGAGAGAGAGGCUACUAGUGAAAAAAAGGCUAACAAGUCAAUGCACACAUAUAAUGGUUUCCGAAUGCCUUCACCGUUUAGAUUCUUUUACAAUCAUUCGGGAUGUACAACAAUUACAAUAGGACAGAGGAAUUAAUAGUGGCUCAAGGCAAACAUUUUUUAACCUACUGGCGCGAGCAAUGGAGAUUCUUAGAGCUGUACAUCAAGGUUCUUGUUUAUUGAAAGAUUGUACACAAUUUUUACCUUUUAAAUAGACAUUUGAUAAAACAUUUUAAAGAGCUCAAAACAGUUGUUAGUUUAAUGGACAUCUUAUUUAUAUUUUGUUCGAAUUUUUUUCUAUAUGUUAAGAGCGACAUUUUCUGGCAUAUGCAGAGUUUAUUUUGUUGGAGGAGUGACUAAAAUCUGCGCCACCGAAUGAAUCUCAAGGCACCCCUUGGCUGCUGCACAAAGCUAGCUACGUCAGUAGCUAAAAUCUUAUGGCGCCCCGUGGCUGCAAUACAAACCUAGCUACUCCACCGACCAAAUCUUAUGGCACCCCGUGGUUGCAAUACAAACCUAGUUACUCACCGACGAAACUCACCUCAACUCUUAAAGAAUCCACCUUUUUUGGUUGAAAUUUUAACGUAUAAUAUAUAACAGGGGUUGGGAACCUUUUUGUCCGAGAGAGCCAUUGACACCACAUAUUUUGAAAAGUAAUUCUGUGAGAGCCAUACAUUAUGUUUAAAACUAAAAAUUCAAGUACAAUGUGUCAAUUUUGCUGAAUUUCAACACUCAAAAUGCAAUAAUCAUGUCUCUGAAUUAUUUUUAAUAACAUUGUUCUGCUGUUGCUAAUCAAUAAUGAGCAGUUCUUACAAUUGAUGGGGCGGUUUUUAAAAAAUAAUCGAACAUUUGUCUGCGAGCCAGAUGCAGCAAUCAAUAGAGCCACAUCUGGCUCGCGAGCCAUAGGUUCCCGACCCCUAGACUGUUUCCUCAUUGUAUUUGGUGUUAAAAAAAAUAUCACUUAUACCCUUUACGACCAUGAUGGAAAAAGACGGCUUGAAAUGGAAUUGUAUAUCAUAAUAAUAUCUAACUGUUACUGUUACUAGCAAAUGUAAUCGUACAGUAAUAUCUAACUUUUACUGUUACUAGCCAGGCACGCGCAACAAAUUAACGCAAAUGGCUUCUUUUUUGGACUGCCUUAUAACCCUAUGACGUCAUUUCGAGACGUUUAACCCAGUCGGCGCUACGUAAAAUGAAUUUAUAAGAAUCAUCCUAAGUUGUGAAAGGCGAGACCCUCCAGGGAACAAAUUCUCUCGAGAAACUAUACAUUUAAAAGGGGGGGGGGGAUAAUGAACGAAACUAUCAUUUAACACACGUCCGCUGGCUUUUUUUUUUUGAGUUAAGCACGUUUAGGAAACAGAAAAAUAAAAAGGAAAAGAAAAGCUGGAUGAGAACGGAGACUGUGAGAUUAAUUUACAAAAAAAUUUUUUUUUUCAAAUAUAAUUUGUUGACUCAUGUUUAAAAGAUGGCUCGCAAAAUUAUUAGAAGUGGUUCGUGGUGUUGAUUUGGGACACUUCUAAUUUAAAACGUCUUAAAGUAUCGCUCAAUUUGAGACUGUCUUCGAUGUUGCUCUCUUUUGUGAUGUGGGAGACGGUUCAGAUUUGCGUUCAAUUUCCUGUCGCCACAGUCGAACGAUUUUGACAUAAUCUCACGACCAGCGGAAGAAGUUUCUGAAGCUUGAGACUGUCUUUGAAGAAGACAGAGAAUUUUGAGACCUUAAAAAAAACAUUUUAAACCGCCAACUCAGACACUAUUGAUAAUACUUAUCUGAAAACAGUUUAAAAAAGGAACCGCCCUGUGCCUUGUUAUCGUGGAAAGCAAAGUUAAUUUAUCAUCAAUCUCGAUGUGGCAAAAAUCUGCUGCUAAUAUUGGCGAGUCUGGGAAUAGUAUUUUAAAAUAUUUUCACUUAAAAAAAUAUCCAGUGAAAGAGCCACAAAGUCAAUAUUGAGCAAUGUUGACAAAAAAAUAUUCCAAUUUAAAAAAAAUAUCUGGCAGGUAAAUAUUGAGCAAUGUUCCCGCCAAGCUGCGGCUUUUCGUCGUGAGCUUUAAAGGAAAUUACCAAAGUUCGAAUCUCUUAAUUUAAAACUCAUAAUUUAUAUUGAGACCAUAGGUAUAAUUUCUAGGCUGAUAGUUUAAGAAUCCAAAUCAGUGUUAAACAAUUUGUUUAUGGUAGGGUAAUCACUAGCAUUGUGUGGAUACUUUUGUGUGUGCAUGUGUGUGUGAGUAUGUGUGCAUGUGUGUGUGUAGGGGGCAGUUGACCUCUAUCGUUAUUUUAAUAGAAAUAAAUGUAAGGAUAUCUUGAAAUAAAGCUGUAGAAUUCGACCCACCCGUCCUCGUCUGAUGGUUCAGACGUGUCCCACUUGUAUCAGGCGAUGUGCUUAAAAUAUGAGGUGUUUGGUCGAAAAAAAUGUGAUACGCCCCUAUAUUGUGAGAACCGCUGCAACAUGACGUAGUCUGUAAAUGUCAAGGGUAUUCUUUUUAUAUUUCUAUAUCUCUUAAGCGCACACAAUCAUCAAUUAUUAAUAUCCCCAUGUUUCAGAAAAAUGUCCACUUUAUUAUCCUCCAUUUGCAAGCCUCAAUUUGGUCGAGAGCAACACAAGGACCAAGACUUGAUUGGAGGGGUUUAUUUUAGAGGGGAGGGGAUCAUUGGCGUCCCCGCUAUAAAUAUAAAAAAAAAGAUUAUAAUCUUGAGCAAGGAAAAUGCGAUCAAAUAGGGUGGACAGGGUGUAGUAAUGACUACUGGGAAACGGUGGUGUGGCUAGAUUUAGUGCGCCCUGGGGGGGGGGGGUAUUCCCCUCACCCCUUUCAUCUCGGUUAUCUAAAAAUGCCACCGCUCUACAUAAAGAAAAGAGUUACGUCUGUGUAUUUAUCGGAAAUUAAAACGGACCUGCUUGGCAGAGCUGGAUGGCCGUUCUGGCUGGUCAAGCUCGGUGGCCGAGCUGGAUGGCCAAGCUGAGUGGCCGAGCUGGAUGGCCGUUCUGGGUGGCCGAACGGUCUAAACUGAUUCAAUCCUCAAGCUUAUGGACUGGGGCUCGGCUCAUCCCCUAGAAAAAGCUGCGACAAGCAAAAACAAUCCAAGCACCCCCUGUUGGAUGGGACUCGUUAACCUUGGAUGGAAACUCACCAAAGAGAAGGCAAACUCUUAAAUCAAACCCAGGGAUGGAGUAUGACACUGGCGCAAUGAAAAUUCCGACAUAUCCUGCAGAACGCAUAAAAAAACACAGUUAAACAUCCACACAAACAUACUGCUGGUAGUCUACUACAUAGUUGGCCAUUUACCAGUCGUUUAGGCCAUGUCUUGCCAUUGGAACGAAUGGUCAAGGACAGUGAGGCUGAGGAGUCAAACAGCUCUCUCUAACUGUCAACAAAAAUACAGCUCAAGACAAGGCUACCACUCAAGUCAAAGCCUUGGUCAUCUUCGCAUGCGAAGAACGAGCAGUGAUAAUAUAGAAAAUGAAAUAUAAAAUGCUAAAAUAUUUUUUUUUUUAGUUUUGGCUUAGAUUUGUUUCCGGUAAGUAAAUUAGAGUCAUUGCCAGAUACGAGCUCAUCAAAAACCCCAAGGCCUGUGCCUCUUCUUGUUUGCUCAUUGAGUCCUUUCACCAUCGUCGUGUGGUGGUCUGCCAUGAAACGUGUACGUUACUAUCAUCGGAUAUGAUGAUUAAACCAGCGAUUGUUUUCUUUUUAAGAGCCGAUUUUACCGAUACAGUGGAUUGAGUAGGUGAAUAGGAAUGUGUCUUGUGAACGCCCCACUGCACUAUUUACGAAAUUUAAUGUUAAUUUUGGGGUCGGUGGUAGUUUAAAAAAAAAAUAGACUUGAAAUUCUCUUCAUGGCAAAAACUCAACUUUUUGUUUUAACUGAGACAAUCAGAGAUUUUUAUUAUAUUUGUAAAAAAAAAGGAGGAAUUCUUUAUUAUCUUGAUAUAAAGCCUUGGCUACAGUCCUCAAACAUUUUUUUCAGCACCACAUCUGGAAACCAUGAACAGCUGGAACGUAACAGUCUUGAUGCUUGCGGGCACCGCGCUGGUGUCAGCAUGGGGGUCGAGUAUAAGCUCGGGGCCGGCCACGCCCAUGGAGAGGGCCUUCGAGGACGUCAGGAGUCAGCACAGGGACGCGUCACUGCACAACGUGCUGAGCAGGGGCACCCGGAGCGCCAAUGGCGGCGUGGUGAGUCGUUGCUGUUGUGUACUUUAAGUCGUCCUCUGGCAUCUUCAACCAGGGUGUGUAGUGUGUUUGUACUUCAAGUCACCUUCUACAAUCUAUACCCAAUGUGUUGCGAGUGUGUGUCAAGUCAAGUGAAGAUUCAGGGGUUUCACAGAGAUGUGUUUGACUUGCAGGGGGGAAAAACGUUUUAAUAAUAUCUUAAAUAUUGCAUUUACCCAUUUGAGAAUGCCUUUUUUUUCUCUCCCUUUUCACCUGUUGAAAAUUUAUAUGCACACAGUAGGGGACCUCAGUGACAUUGUAAAUAUUGGUGUCGUUGGCGUGUACAACACUCAUAUGUCAGGGAGGCACCAGUUAUAGUUCUAGAUAUCGAAAAAAUGAGAUUUUUUUGUAUCCUGUAUUUAGGGGAGAACGCAAGUCCCUCUUCAUGCCCCCGGGGUGUGUAGGGGUGGGGGUGUAUACCAAUUUAAAUUGCUGAAAUAACCUAUUUCCUCUCUAUCUAACCCUCCCCACCCCCGAUGAAAUCCGUGGAUGAGACAUAGAUUCGCUCGUUCUUUCUAUCCGACGCUGUAAUGGACUUAUAAGAAUACAAAAGUUUAUCUUAGCUGAAAAAAAAAAAAUUAAAAAAUUAAGCUCUGUAUUAACUUAAAUGAAUCUUGGACCAUAAGCUCGUGGACCGUCGUCUCGAAAGAAGGUGACUUUCGAUAAUAAGUGAAUUUUUUUUUUUUAAAGAUAAAAUUCGUAAGCGAUAAAUACAAAGAGGCCGUCCAUUUUAUAGCCCUGCUCUGAUUUUUCUUUAAUUAGAGGGCAGACGGUGGGGCCGAGAAAGUGGGGGGGAGGGGGAGGGAGACCGGACUGGUUUUAUUCUGAGUGCCAGACGUCAGACGUAACUAUUUUGGAAGGCGCCCGUGGAAGGAACUAAAGCUAAUUUGAAGGGGACCACAACUCUUGCUGCUCGGCUGUACGAUGUCCUUAGAGUUGUAGGCACUGGUCAGUGGCGGGAAAAAUAAGUCUAUCAAAGGGGAUCCCAGAAUUUGAAAAAACAAAAUUAAGAUUAAAACAAUAUGGAAAUGGGGGACGGGGGGGGGGGUGUGGCUUUAUGGUCUUGAGACAAUUUUUGUUCCAUAGCAAACCAGCGGUUCUCAAGAUUGUGUUGUGGAUACAAACUUUGUAAAUUACGUGUGUCCGGAUAUUAUGGUUUUCGAAAGUUAAAAAUACUUUGACUGAGAUGAGUAACCAAUUUCGGAACUGUAAUGUAGACAACAAGUACCUAAACAACAAGUACCUAAACAACAAGUGCAUAAACAAAUACCUAAACACCAAGUACCUAAACAACAAGUACCUAAACAACAAGUACCUAAACAACAAGUACCUAAACAACAAGUACAUAAACAACAAGUACCUAAACAACAAGUACCUAAACAACAAGUUCCUAAACAACAAAUACCUUAAGAGCAAAAACAUAAGCAACAAGGUGGGCCUACCUAGCCAAUUUCUUUGCGAGCAAAAUGAUAUUUCGAUUCAAGAAUGUCUUUUGACUGUUUAAUUAAAAAUCAAGUUUUCAAAAAAUAAAUAUUCUAAAAUUAUGCAAGAAGCCUUAAGGAGUUUUUUUUUUUUUUUUCGUAUAGAAUGAAAAAGUCCCGUAUAAGAUUAACAUUCAUUAUCGUUUUUUAAAAAAAGUGCUAGUUUUAAAUGUUAACAUUUAUUCUUUUUUUCUGUUACUAAAAUCAAUAAAAGUCCCGUAUGAGAUUAACAUUCAUUAUCGUUUUUUAAACAAAGUGCUAGUUUUAAAUGUUAACAUUUAUUCUUUUUUUCUGUUACUAAAAUCAAUUUAGGAGGGCCAAAAAAAAAAAAAAAAAAAAAAAAAGAAAAACAUAUUUUGAAAUUCAAAUGAGAUAUACAUAUUUUAGAAUAUUUCUCUGACAAAAAGAAGGACAACCAUCAGGCUCUCAUCACUUAUCUAACCUGUAAAGAAAUAAGACCCCGUCAACUUUAUUUUAGUUAAUCCCCUUCUUAUCAAAAUAUCUCGGUUCCGACCCUGAAUGUGGAUAUGAUGUUAAAUAUCUCAAAUUUUGGCUCCAAGCGAAAACACACAAUUAUUGCAAAAUAUUAUUUUUUUUAAAAAUCAUCGCUUAAGAUGUUACAGGUUUAGCUUUUUUUAAAUUCAUUUAUUUUUAUAUUAAUAUUAAAUAUAUUUUAAGAUAAAUCCGGCAUAUCUCCCCCACCUUCACUUAAAGUUCACUGUUUAAUUUAAAAACCUGGCAGCGCCGGUGAAUACAAAUCGAGUCUCGUUGCAUAGUAACAGGAGCGGCCAUCUUGUACUCUAACCACUUGAAAUGAAACUGUGAGUCUUUAUCCUGUUUGAGCUCUUUUAAAUUACAACAUGUAAGCCGAACCAAACGGUAUGGAAAGGAUUGUGGGUAUUUUGAGGCUAAAAAAAGGGGGGGGGGGGAGAUAAAAUGUGGGGGGGGGGGGUUCAAUGAAUAUGUUUGACAUUUUUGUGUACGUGAAAGUCUUCUUUUAAAAUGGGAAUGCUAUUGAUGGCUUUUGGAGAAGAGACGCUAAAUCUAAUUUGUAAUUUUACAACUUAUUUUUCAAUACAUUUUAACAAAAAUUAAAUCUAAAACGAUUGAGAAAAUAAUGUUUAAGAAUAAAUGAAUUAUUUCCGUAAAAAUAUAUUUCAUUAAUUCUUAAGCAUUAUUUUCUCAAUCGUUGAUAUUUUAUUUAUUUUUUUUUAAUGAUAAAAAAUAAUAAUAAAAAAAAAAAAAAGAUAACAAUUAAAAUCUAAAACGGUUGAGAAAAAUAAUGUUUAAGAAUUAAUGAACUAUUUCCUCUAAGAUUUUUUUUCAUUUUAAGAAACUGGCAAAAGUUUUUAAAAAAAAUAAUGCAAGCUUUUGACAUGGCGAUAUCUGCAAAAAUAGAUAAGCCAAAAUUUUCAAGCGAGUUUAAAUUUUUGAAAUUUAAAUCUAAAAGUUUUUAUACGCAAGUGUGUGAUGUAAUGAUACGUUUAUAGAUUUAUGUCUUGUUUUUUUUAUGGAUUGCUGUUUAUAAAAAUUUUAUUAGAGAAUUGAUUUAUUUAACAAUACUUUUAAAUCAAGUCAAAAAGAAAAAUAGAUAAUAGUACAGCAUGAAGCAUAGUAUUUCAAGGCUUCACCCAUACAAACUACAUGCAAGGUUAACAGUUAUGAGAUUUUUCUUGGCUUUGAAGCGAUAACCUUCUCCUAUAGGUGAGGGUAGUGUAUCGAGAUUUAAUUAGGUCAACUUCAUGUCCCACGUUCACCCAUCGUUUGAUGCAAUAAGAGAAAGAGAGAGCUGUCUAUAAUCUCUGUGUGUGUGGGGGUAAUGUGUGACAACCGGAACAGGAUAUGUGCAGUAGGACGCGCGAAGACAAACACAAGGUGUGACUGUCGCACACGUGAGGAGUAAUUGACGUGUGCGUGACGUGUGGGUAAAUUUCUGUGCGGUGUGAAUGAGCCGUGUGUGAUGCAUCAGUGUGGGUGUUGUGGGAGAGGUUUGUUACGGCAUGACACACACACACACAACCGUAGGGCUCGGAUCGGAAUAUGAAACAAAUGAAAAAAGAGACCCUUGGAGAAGAUGGGACGCAACCACCUCGAGAUGAACCUCAUCCAGCCACCGAUCUCGGCCCAUCUCAACGUUAAGGCUGCUGUGGCAACCCCGACAGGGCCAUCCGGAAGUGGAGUCCCGUAGGCUGUGUGAAACUCAAACGACUCCCAGCAACUCCCCCCCCCCUUUUGGCAGUCGAAACGACCGUUUGAUGUUCUACUUUCGGUAAGGUGUCAAUCAAAACCCUCACCCCCAGGUUGCACUGGUUUCGCCCGAGCCGCUUCCGGUAAUAAAAAAUACACCAUCGUCUUUCUGAAACGAGGGGAUGAAUGAAACAUCCUUUGAAAAGGUAUAUAGCAAAAAUCAAGAUAGUGACUACCUCGUUUCAUUUAAACUAUGCGGGAUUGCAGCUUGACAUAAUGAUAAUUGAUUGCUACGACUUUGUGAGCAUAUUGCUCGAUAUGUUAAUUUAGUUUAGUAAAGUACAGGAAGGUUUGUGGUCCAUUUCCUCCUUGCUUGCGGUUCGAAAAAUCAAAUUUAAAAUAUAUGGUCCCGAAGGAAAUACGUUGUUUAUAUUUAACGUCUCCUCACUCCUCGGUGUCGCAACGAGUCCGACUUAUUAAUAGCAUAAACAUUAUCCCCGUUGGAAAAUCCUGACAAUUACCCACUAAUGUUCUCGUGAGCGCUGUACGCUUACAUCGUCUAUUAAUAGUAACAAAUGGCAGACUCCAGUCGUGCCAACCUUCGGCUGAUGUUUGUUUGCAGACGCCCCCAAGUACCACGGCGUGUUCUCCGCGUUUCUUUUCGACAACUUGCGUUAAUCUUCGUGCCGAGACAACAGCUGGCCCCCCAAUCCUGGUAAAUUAGUUCGCGGUUCAAGGGGGAGACAAAUGGUAGAAAAGGGCCCCACAACCGCCGCGUGGAUAUCAAAUUAGCUUCCUACAGUUAAGCUAAUGAGGAAUGAAGAGAAAGGACAUCAACUUUGUUGGACCUGACCCGGGUACAAUUGUUUGAAUUGGGUUGUUGUUUGUUUGUUUAACAAAAAAAAAAAAUAUAUAUAUAUAUAUACCUUCAUCGGUGACAAACAGAUCAAAAUCUUGUAGUAAAUUAUACGUGAAUGAUGUAUGCUGUCAUUAGCAUUUGAGACAGUACAUUUAUGCAUGUUCGAUGAAAGAUAAACUUAUGUCGGGGUGAAAAUACAAGGAAGAAAAUACGAAAGUUCAUUGAGUUUGACCCUCGGGACAUUGUUGAAAUCUCUUGCUAAAUCCCAGGAAAUUUUAUGAUGAGUCCCAGGCUAUUUUAAAGAAUUUAAAGGAGGUUCAUGUAGAUUUUAAAAGAAAAGUCACAUUAAACUCUUCAGAUACUGUAGAAUAGUGUUAUAACUGGUUAUAAUUCUUAAUUAAUUAAUAUAAAUCAUUUAAUACUAUUUGAAAGUGUGCAGUAGUUGUCUGCACUACAUUAAAGCAGUUGUCUCCCUUCGUUUUACAGGGCAGCACAUCACAGAGUUUUUAAAAUUAAAAUGGUGGAAUGUUUGACGACUUUAGUAGUGUUUUGGUCGUCUACUCAACUUUAUACCUGUAUACCUUUAUACGUUUAUACCAGAUAUAGGUGACUUUAGUAGUGUUUUGGUCGUGUACUCAACUUUAUAACUGUAUACCUCUAUACCUUUAUACCAGAUAAAGGGUUCGAAUCCCUAAAGAUAUAAAUUUUCCGCCUAUUCGAUUUUAGCACUUUUUUUUUUCAAUUUUAUUACGCCGUGGCUUAAAUUGAUCAAAAAAAAAAAGGUAUGUCACAUCUUAAAGUUAAUUUCAAAUGUUAAAUAUAUUGCAAAACAGUCAAAUAGUGCAAGACAGUCAAAUAGUGCAAGACAGUCAAAUAGUGCAAGACAGUCAAGCUUUCUCAGAAAUCUGCGGUGUAAAAGCUUGUGAUUCCUUAUAAUAUUAAUAAAGUUCAUAGGCCUGAAAAAAUGUAUGUAUGUGGGUGGGCCUUGAAAAAGGGGAUGGGGGCACUAAUUGGGAUUCUUAUCAAGUUCGUCACUUGUGUGCAUGUUCAGUAAAAUUCUCAGCCUCACCCUUCACAUUGCUUAAUAAGGACAUUUUAUCAAUGAUUGAUACGAAACACUUAGUUCUUAGGGGUUGUUUAAUUGUGGCAACAAAAUUCUUAACACUAUAGAAAUCAAUGCUUUGAAUACCCACCGGUAUAUACAUCCAAAUUUCAAACAUUUUGAUUUUGAGGAAGUCUUCAUUUUUUUUUUAUGUCAGCUAAGCAGGACACGGCUAUUGUAUACAAUAUCAAAAAUAUAUUUACCGAUUCACUUACGCAUAAUAAAAUUUAAACGAGGUAGGUAGAAAAGAAAAAAAAAAAAUAAAAAAAAGAAGAAAAAAAAAAAAAAAAAAAAAAAAAAAAAAAAAACUACGUGUUUGUGCAUUUUUAGGUUCGCGCAACUCAACAGACUCAAGAUAUUAUAUAAAUAAUUGGACAUCACUACAACACAAAAAUAUAGUCAGGAUUUUGGUCCAAAUGCUAUUUUCUUAAAGGCCUAAAGGGAAUAUAAUUUUCUGGGAAUUAACAGCUUAUAUUUCCCCCCCACCCCCCACUUUUUUUUUCGAUGUUCAUUUGAUGGCUAACGUUAUCAUAAAGAUUGGAGCAUUCUUCCCCCAAGGGCACAAUCGAUAAGAGGCAUGGUUUGACAUUGGGCAAUCAUUUCAAUCGUUUGCAUGGUCUCAAAGAUCUGGCGGUAAGUUAGCAUGAUCUCAAAGAUCUGGCGGUAAGAUAACAUGGUGUCAAAGUUCAGGCCACAUAAGUAACCGACUCAAUUUAUUUAUUUAAAUGAAUUUGAAGCUGCUGGCUAUAGCUUGGCAAAAGUCUUAACAAAUACAAGAGCAAUGAUUAUAAUAAUAAAUCUCAAUGCUAAUAAAUCAACAAAAUAUUUGCAACCUCUUUUCUUUGAGCCAGUGAGGAAACUAUGCCACUUAGGACGUUCUAUCAGAGACCUUGUGUCACUUAUGAUAAAUUAUGACCUUUUUGUUUUUGGUAGCAACACAAAUGUAAAAUAUUUGAUUAUAAUAAAUUAUUUGGAUAGCCCGUUUUGGGGCUGUUUCCCCAAUAUAAUCAUGGAUGUAAAAAAAAAACAACAAAUAUAAGAGAACAGCGUUAGCGUUUGGCUUAAAACUUCAUACAUAUAAAAUAAAUCUCUGAUUUGUAUAAUCCCACACUAUGCCAAUGCGUACAUACAUAGUCUUUAAUGGUGUAGUCUGGUGCCAAUAUUUAGCUAAUGACUACAUACAACCGUAAAUUGAAUUAUAAGACAAGACCAACAGCGAGCUAAUGACUGCAUACAUCCCACCAUGGAAGUGUCCCAUAAUGCACACACUGUGACACAAUUUUGGAAAAAAAGACUGACCUUUUAGCUUCUGAGUUUUAUUUCCUCUAUUUGUAAUUGUGAUAUUAUAAUUCAGGGACUAUUGUUAUUUAUUCAAACGCUUUAUCCUUUAUCUCUAAAUUAUGAAGUUAUAACGCCCCCCCCCACCCCAACCAUUUUCUUGGAAUAGAUCAGGUGAUAUGUUGACAACCUGUUAAGUCAAUCUGUAGAAGAAAAUCAAAGCAGUCGUCAUGACGCCACAUCAGAUUUGAAAAAAAAAAAGUAUCAUUCAACAAGAAUUGGAUUCAAGAGCAAGCAUUGCUCCACAUGCUUUAUUUUUAGACACAAUGGCCUUGACUUUGGAUGUGAUUUAUAAAAAAAAAAUGAAUUCCCCUCAGUUUCUACAUAAAAUAUAUCGUUCCAGGUCUUUGCGCGCCAAGACACUCGAAUCUCCAAAUCUGCUGCUUGACUGAGUCUGGGGCCAACGGUCUGAAUUCGUGCUUUAAUUAACAUCAAACUCGUCUUCUAAAACCCCUUGUAAUCCCGCCCCGUUUUUGGUCUGAGAUCUCUAGCAGGCUGACGGAAUCCCAAAUGGGCUGUGCUGUACUUUCUGUAAGGAGCCUUAUAUAUAAUAGAGACAGAGCCUCUAGUGGACAGACCUUGUUCGAUCGAAGCUACGGGGGUAAAUAUCGUAACAAAUAUAAGGAGCUGAACAUAAAGUUCAUCAAUCUGUUUUUUUAAAGAAAAAAAAAUCCAAAUUAGCCCCCAACUCAACCCCCCCCCGGGUCACAAUCUGUCCCAAAUCUCAGAAUCCCCCCCCCCUAACCCUAACCCCCAACCCCCCCACCCCCACGGCCAACGUACAUCACAAUUUCGAAUAAAAAAUAGUUUUUUUUAAAAAUGGCAGCUAAUUAAAGCUUACUUGAAAACACCCUUACUCUUAAACUUUUAAAUGCAUGAAAGUGAAAUCUUCUGUAAGAAUACAUCAAUCACAACAUAACGUUUAACAUCACUGUGAAAUUGAAGUUUGCUUUAUUUGCAUGUUAAAAUUAAAUAUAACAUCAGUGACGUCACACACAAUUUCUUAACUUCGCCCCCCCCCACACCUUGUGAGUAACUGUCAGAGUGUCUUAGACCCCCCCCCUCCUCUCCCCAACCUCUCCGUAGCGUGACGUUAUUCAUUGACCGCUCUGGACUGUCAUCGGAUAAUAAACGCAAUCAUUUUAAAUCUUACAAUUCAACGAAAUAAUAUUUUAAUUACAUGGUAUUUUUUAAAGAAAGAUUUUUUUUUUUUUUAAAAGCAACACUACUUUUUUGUGAUUUCACAGUCUUUUCCUCUUGUAGUACACAAAGGGAGGGGGUGAGGGUGGUGCUCUGCGGCCCCCCCCCCCCCCCCCCAGUGACUCUAGCAUUUAAUCAUAGAGAAUAAAGAUAAGAAAUCUGGCCAUGGCCCGCUGCAAAAAAAAACAAAACAACUCCUGGUGGACAGGCCGUAAUGAUGCAGUAAUGAUGGGCCGUUCAACAGGACAUCUAUAUCUGAGAAGUGGCGUUCGUUCAACAGGACAUCUAUAUCUGAGAAGUGGCGUUCGUUCAACAGGACAUCUAUAUCUGAGAAGUGGCGUUCGUUCAACAGGACAUCUAUAUCUGAGAAGUGGCGUUCGUUCAACAGGACAUCUAUAUCUGAGAAGUGGCGUUCUCAUCACAGGCUCAAGCUCCCGCGGAGGAUUCACGAGCGUGUAAAUCUGUGAAUCAGUCAAUUAAUCGAUUCUUUUUUUUUUAAAGGGUGUGUGUGUGUGCGUGUGUGUGUGUGUGUUUGUGUGUGUGGUGGGAAGAGCGGGAUCUCCUUAUAGAGACGUCUUUAGAUCUUAGAACGUCAUUUAUGUCAUAGGGCAGGAAGACAUCAUGCUCGAACUCGAUACUGAUUUUUUAAUGGUAUCGAAACGUGUUUACAUUAUAAUUCGUAUCGAUACCUAAGAUUAGUGUAAAAAAAAACAUUUUUUACAGGUGUACAUAUAGCUAUACAUUUAAAUGUAUAAGUAUAGUAUUAUUGGGUGUGACGGCGCUGUACACUCUUGCGUCAUUACCUUGAGAUGUCAAUGCUAUUAUGUUACCAACAUUUUUUUAAAUAUUUCACAUCGUAAAUCCAUUCAUCCACAAAGCUUAACGCGAAGCGGGUGGGGGGGGGCAGGAAAAGGUGGCUGGGUUGCCUAGCAAUUUUUGUUUGUUUAUUUACAAACACAAAACUAAUAAUACAUUCUGCCAUCUGCUAUGUCAAAUUGUCUUAUCGAACGUAAUAAAUACAAUUUUAAAAAUGAAUCUUACUGGAUGUUCUUGUACUACUUAGAGCAAACAAAGAACAUGGGGUUGAUAUUUUAAAACAAAAAUCAUGUGUCUUUUAUCAUGACCACAACCAGAAUUUAUCUAAGUCAUCAAACCGCUGUUCGUAGUGUAUAAGUUGAGGACCUCCGUUGUCUGAAUGAGAACAGGAAUCACGAUACCAUCAAACAGAUAAAUAUCGAUACCUCACGACAUCGGCUGGGAGACUACUCCUCUCUGCUAUCGCCCCCCUCCUCCCCCCCCACCUUACACCAUCGUCUUAGGGACCAGGCCAUUACGGAUGAAUGGGGCAUUUUUUACUGUAAUUCAAUGCUCUUAAAUUGGUGAAGCUUAGAGGGUGUGCGUGCGUGCGUGCGUGCGUGUGUGCGUGUGUGAGUGUGUGUGCGUGUGUGUGAGUGUUGUGUGUAUGUGUGCGUGUGUGUGUGUGUGCGUGUGGGAGGGUUGGGAGAGAGGGGUAGGGGUAGGUGUCAUCACGCAGAAAUCUGUCGGUGGCGAGAUGAAGAUACGUGAACACUUCAGAUGAUAGAGAGACGUGGUUGUAAAGUUAGACAUCUCUUACAUGAAGGACAAUUUAAAAAAAAAAAAAAAGUUGACGCCAAUCGAAAUCUGAGGUACUGAACCUGACAAGCAAUUCAAAAUGAAGGUUACUGGCAGGCAGUUGCCAUCCUAAGUAGCAGCGAAUACGAGGCCAGAGUCCUUCUACGUGACAACUGACGGGGGGUGGGGGAGCUGACGUCAUUAACUUGAAAUUUCACUGAAAAACAUACGACAAUGUAAAGUAAUUAUCAGUGGAGCCCUUCAGUAUCUCCCCACCCCCUCCAGGCAUACACACACACACAGCCACAGUUCCGCCAACACCCAUCGGUCCGCCACCAUACACAGCGACCGGUCCGCCCACACACACACACACAUCGGUACGCCCCACAUCCACUCACACCGGUCCACCACCCCCAAACCUCCCCCCCCCCACUCAAAACAAACACACAGCGGUCCGCCCGCAUGAUCCAAAAAACUCACAAACAUUUCUAGGUUACCUUUCCACCCUUAAUUUGCACUCUACACACACAUCGGUACGCCCCACAUCCACUCACACCGGUCCACCACCCCCAAACCCCCCCCCCCCCCACUCAAAACAAACACACAGCGGUCCGCCCGCAUGAUCCAAAAAACUCACAAACAUUUCUAGGUUACCUUUCCACCCUUAAUUUGCACUCUACGAAUCGCUAAUACUCUACUUGUUAAGUCUUAAUGAGGCUAUUGAUCAAACGUAAUGCUGUUGUGAUCAUGCUUGUUAAAAUUUAUCAUAAGUUUCCCUUUCAUUUGAUUGUAAUGUUAACGGGGAUCAUUUUAUGUUUAAAUCAAUCGCACUUCAACACAAAUACCUUUUAUUACAUUUUUUUUCCUACCUCAUUAUCUCCGAUUCUCCCCCACAUUUUCAGAAAUCAAUUGGCGAAAAUAUUUCUCAAAAACCAUCAUUAAUGGCGUUACUUAACUAACAUGAACAUGCCUCGUUGUCCUGAUUGUAAAGGACAUCACAUUUGAGCCAUUUCGCUGCAAUCCAAAAAUUAGCUUUUUGACCCCCAAAACCAUAAUAAUAAGUCAUUUUGAAAAUGAAAAUUAUAUCAAUGGAUUCAGUGUCACUGCCGUACUGUUAAUCUACUGCCAUUACACUAAUGAUCCGAUUAUUACUGUGACCAAAAAUUAAAAUACAGUUUUAAUUUAUUCCGUUAUAUUUUUAUCAAGUUGCACACGCGGUGCGAAACAAUGGGAAAUAUAGUGCUCACACUUGAACUCUACGCGCUAAUGGUUGUGUUUUAAGGCUUGGGAUUAUUUUCUUUAGGAACUGUAUGUGCUUUACCUGCACUAUGUAAGUACAGUGCUAAACUGAUUUAAUACAAAGCAAUAGCUCGAUACGAUCACUCGUUUUCAGCCUGGUCGAUUGAUGCUUCCCUCCUCACGAUCACUUGCAAAACAGGAAACCUGGCUACGGACUCGAUAAUAGUUUGGGCCGGCUUAAAACAACAGUUACCAUUGCCUUUCAGUGUUUCUAACAGUUAGCUCUCGGGGGUUGGGGGGGGGGGCGCGGCUCACUCGAUUUCUGCCUUCCACCUUCCCCCCCCCCCCCCCCCCCCGAGUAUGCUGGAGCCAAAAGCAUAUACCCUGGGGCGCGCAACGACCGAAGUGAAUUCAUGUUGUGUAUGUCCAAUGGCUGCCAUGAUGCGCCUUCAGUUUUAGUUGAUAUACCCCACCCUCCAGAGUGCUUAAAAUGUCCCCUCCCUGGACCAAAUCUUCUGAAAGAAACACUGAAUGAUGGUAUGCGCAAAAUGCAACUCUAGUUAUUGAAAUCAUAAAAAAAAUAUUUCAUUGGCGGGAUGAAAGCCUCCCCACUUUCGCUCGGGAGCCCUCGGCGCACUCCAUUUAAAUCUGCUUUCCUUCAUAUCAAACAAAUAGCAGCACCGUUUUAACUUUUAAAAAAGCACCAAAAAACCCCCAAAAAACUCUGGAUGUAAGUAAUUUAGAUGAUUCUCUUGAGCAGACAAAUAUAUCGUUUUGCCUUUAAUCUUGUAUUUAGUUUGAGUCCAGGAAAAAAAAAUUAACUAGGGCCGAAAUCAUUACCUUCGUGCCGCCGGAACUGGCAUGAAUUUAAUUUAUUUUAGCUCAAGUGGGCGGAGUUUUUGCCGCUCCUGGUCACCAUUACGCUUAUUUUUUGGCGUUGAUCGAUGCCGCUCACAGGGGAAUAGCUAGCAUUAGUACCGCCCUGGGCAGGCCAAGAUUUUUUUCGAGCCCCUUCCACUAUAACAACUCUGCACUAGGCCUAAAAUUCUGCAAACCAAAAAAAUGGGGGGGGGGGGGGUGAGAUUCCGCGGUGAGACACUCUUUGUUCCCCAUCCUAUGCCACCUGUACUGCCCAUACGAAAUUCUGUAAUGCCCCCCCCCCGAAGAACAAAUUUGAAAUAAAGACUGCUACCUUUAAAGAGAAAUUCCGGAGGCAAACUUGGAAAAAAAACGACAUUAAAUCCUGUAUCUAAUGAAUCAGUUUUUCAAAAUUCUUUAAAUUAACUUCGCUUUUGUUCGUGUGUUUCUUUCUCGCUGGGUGGCGAAAUCUUCGUGGGACAAAUUGACCCACUUCCCCGUCAACCUAUCGAUACGACCAUGAUAAGACUUUCUUUACACGAAGUCGCGAUGCGAUCUCGGUCGCCCAAUGCCAUUGGGUCGAGUAGAAUUGGGUGCGUAGGAAUGAUCCGCCAUCGCCGAGCAACGCUCCAGCUGGCGGACAGCAGUGUAUGAAGGAAUCAAAGAGGCGGAAGCAACGCUCCAGCUGGCGGACAGCAGUGUAUGAAGGAAUCAAAGAGGCGGAAGCAACGCUCCAGCUGGCGGACAGCAGUGUAUGAAGGAAUCAAAGAGGCGGAAGCAACGCUCCAGCUGGCGGACAGCAGUGUAUGAAGGAAUCAAAGAGGCAGAAGAUGCGCGAAACGAAGCCCUUGCCACCAAAGGAGCAUUACGGAAGGCGAGAUCUAACCAUGAGUCAAGGUUUCCCUGCGAGAAAUGCAGUCGAGACUUUCAUUCCGGGACCGGCCUAGUUAAGCCAUUUGAUGAAGUGUGCUUAGCUACUCCAUCGUCUAGUAGAGACGGAAGGACGCCAUGUUUCAUAUGAUUUAAAAAAUAUAAAGACAUCGUUUAAUUUAACACUGCCGAGCUUAAUCAUGAAAGAAUUAGAGAUUAAUAUUUGGUUUAAAAAAUCCAAUUCCAUCUCUUUCAUGUCCUCAAAACACAAUCUGCACGAAGAGGGAAUGUUUCGCCCGCUUGACAAUAAGUGACAGAACACUGUGAUUAAAUAAUUGCAACAAUUAUAAUUUUGUUGAUUUUUUUUUUGUUGAUGAAGGCCUCUCAGUUACUCUCAGUGGCAAGUUACAAAUAGCAUGGCAAUACAUCUUCCUAGGUCUUGUUACAAAAAUCAUCUGACGCUGUGUUCUGUUUACAGAGCAUGAUGAUGGAUGUUUAUGCUUUCGUCUCAAUUUUAAUGCACUCUCAUAUCUCAAGGCCUGGGAAUUUUCUGAAAUCCCUUGACUGCGUUUAACCCCAACAAUCAGCAGACGAUGAUAUUUUUUUUUUAUUAUACUUCCAUUACCGGUAACCAAUCCAUCAUUUCUCUGAUACAUUAUUUUUUACCUUUUUUCGUACAUAGUAUUGCUGAAAAGAAGAAUAAAAAUGAAAUUGUUCAUUAUUUAUAUGUUAAAAAAAAAAAAAAGAAAAGUUUGUUUUUAUGAUAAAGAUAUAACUUUUUGAUUUCUUGUACUUUAAAAUGUGUUGGCGAAAAUAUUUUAAUAAGGUCGUUAUACCCUAAAGACCGUUUUAAAAAAAAAAAACGAAAAAAAAACCAAACCGUUUAUUAUGCUACACGAUAGAAUACUGAGCUGGCUGUAAGAAUAAACCAAACGUUUAUCAAGCUACACGACAGAAUACUGAGCUGGCUGUAAGAAUAAACCAAACGUUUAUCAAGCUACACGACAGAAUACUGAGCUGGCUGUAAGAAUAAAGCAAGCUCGAUUACACAUUUAAAAAUAAAUACUUUCCCAAAUGAAUAAUUAUACUAAGUAUAUUAUUAUGUCUGUCAAAAAAAAUAAUAAUAACAUGCAGCCCUUGUUCUUGAUUGGUCCAUUUAGUGUUCAAGUGCGGGCGGAUGAAUUUUAUUUAUAUAACGAUGUAGGUCUUCUUUUAUCAUAAUAUGAGUAAUACGAACCAAUGUAAUUCGGCUUCACUUAAGCCAGUGAUUCUCAACCUUUUUAGUGCCACGACCCUUUUUCUACAGUUUCUGGUGUCGUGGCGACCCCCCAGCCACACAAUUAUUUUCGUUGCUACUUCAUAGCUGUAAGGAUAUGUGUUUUCAGAUGGUCUUAGGCGACCCCUGGGAAAGGGUCCCGCGACCCCCAAAGGGGUCGCGACCCACAGGUUGAGAACCGCUGACUUAAGCAACGCAGUGAACAUACAUUUGAAGAAAAUAUUCGCAAGUUAUCUUUUAGUUUUUUCAACUAUGUCAUAUAAUAAAAAAAUAAAAAAAAAAUAAAAAUAUUCGUAGUGAUAAUCAACUAUUUUAUUUGUCGAUUGUGUCCGACACUCCAAGUCUUAUGAUAAUAAAUGAUAGUCAUCUGGAAGUUCUGUGGGACAGAGUUAGUCUGAAUGAUUCACAGAUGUGAGGCAUUGGUCGGGUUGGGUGAGGGGCGAGGGGUAUGGCCAUACCCACAAGGCUCGUCCUCUCAGUUUAUUGUAAAAAAAAUAAAUGUGGGGUGUAAUAUUUAAGCACUAGGACUACCUGGUCGUUUUAUCAAGGACUACCUGGUCGUUUUAUCAAGGACUACCUGGUCGUUUUAUCACGGACUACCUGGUCGUUUUAUCAAGGACUACCUGGUCGUUUUAUCACGGACUACCUGGUCGUUUUAUCAAGGACUACCUGGUCGUUUUAUCAAGGACUACCUGGUCGUUUUAUCAAGGACUACCUGGUCGUUUUAUCAAGGACUACCUGGUCGUUUUAUCACGAGCGGAUUAGUGCUUGGGGAACAUGACCUUGACCCGUUAAGCCCAAGAUACCUGGAGUCUGGAGAUGAUUUAAAGUGAAGUUUUGAAAAAUUCUCCUAAGUUCUUGAUAAAACGACCACGUAGUCCUUGUGCUUAAAUAUUACACCCCACAUUUACUCCCUGUCAGUAAAUUUAAAAAAAAAAAAAAGAGAAGAAAUGUAAACCUUACUAAAAUACAAGAGUCAAGAAAAUCAACAGCCUAUUGUGUAAAACUAGCAUAAGAAAUCCCAUGGCCAUUAUAACACUAAUUCCACGCUGUAUCAUUCAAACACAUUUGCUUGGCCGUUUUUUAAGAUUCACCCGAAAUACUUGUAUUUUUGGAAUGUGGCAACUGCUUGAUUUGUACCUUCUAAUACGAUUGAUGGUUCCUCUCUAUCAUUUGUGUGUGUGAGAGGGAGAGAGAGACGUACACAAAAUAAAUCGCACAGAGAGAGAGAGAGAGAGGGGGGGUGUAAAAGUAAAGGAGAGGGGGAGGGUGAUUGUGAGAGAGGAAGAGAGAGUGGAAGAAAGAUGGAGAUGGAGGUAGAGAAAGAGAGAGAGAGAGAGAGAGAGAUAGAGAUAGAAAAUGAACGCUUUCGUUACUAGGUACACAUAACUUUUUUUUUUUUUUACUAAUUCUCUUGUAAAAUUUACCUACAAUUGUAUUUUUUUUUUUUAAAAGUACUUUUUAUUAGUAAACCUAUUAAUAGAAAAUGAACGCUUUCGUUAAUAGGUACACAUAACUUUUUUUUUUUUUACUAAUUCUCUUGUAAAAUUUACCUACAAAUGUAUUUUUGUUUUUUAAAAGUACUUUUUAUCAGUAAACCUAUUAAGAUAUAUAUAUUUUCUUUGUACAAUGUAAAAUAACAGUGUUUAUUUUUUUCUCUUCUUUCCCCCGCUUUGCUGAGAUCAGCCAUGUGUGACCGUUCCAUUUUUAACAGGUAAGCUAUGUUUUGUGAAAUUUUCUUAUGCAGAGGCGUAGCGACGGUCAUCGAAGUGUUCUGGGUGCUCAUUUUAAGUAGAAGGAACCACUUGUUGACUGUAAAUUAAAAAUUUAAAAUAAUAUAAAACGAAAAUUUUCUAAAAGAUUAUAGAGGCUAAAGAUUUAUAUUUUUUUCAGAUCAAUAAUCGAUCUGCAGCUUGGCGUCAUUUCUCUGCCAGUUUUGUCUAGUUUUUAUCAACCAAAUACAGUUUCUGUUACAAUAAAUUUGCCGUUGGUACAUAUUAAUGUUGUCUUGAAACUGUGAAUGGUGGCUGGCCAUUGGCUUAUCACGUGCUUUGCAGCAACCAACAGGCUGGGAAUAUGACAGAAGAGGGAUGUGGUAGGAAGAGGAUGUGGUAGGAGGAGAAUAUGGUAGGAGGAAGAUGUGGUAGGAGGAGGGUGUGGUAGGUGGAGGGUGUGGUUGGAGGAGAAUGUGGUAGGAGGAGAAUGUGAGGGGAAUACAGGUGAAAAGGGAUUUGAAAAAAGAGAUGUAGCAGGAGGGUUGUUUGGUGGGGGUGCGGGUAAAGGUAGAGUGGAAGAUGUGUGGGGGAAUCUAGUUGGAGGAGUGUGUGCGGGGGAAAAAGGGACGUAGAAGAAGAGUUAUUUUGUGAAAAGGGGGAGGAGGCUAGAGGUACCAGUGGGAAGUAAGCAGGAAUGUGUGGUCAGAGGAUAUCGUGGAAGGAGUGAUUACGCCAUAGGGGAAAAAAAUUAAAAGUAGGGAUGAUGUGGCAAUUCUUGGGCGAUGUGACCGGCCAUAUAAAAUACCUUACGCCAACAAUGUAUUGUAAUUGCCUGUUCGUCCUCGGUUACCACUCGAAGGCAAGACUUCGUGGUGUCUCAAUCAUCACAAACUGCCAGGGGUGCAAUUAGUGGGACCUCUAGAUUGAAGGAUUAACUCUUGGUAUCUGGGUUAGUCCUGUGACAAGAGCAGACCAAAAUAAACUUUGCUGUGAAUCAUGUGUGUUCCCACAUGACUCUUAGUUUUUUUUUCCAUCGUUAUACCAUGAUUAAAAAAAAAUUAUGUGGAAAAAACCCCAAUAUAAUCUCUUCUUGUAUGUUAGAUGAUCGAAGAUUUUAUAAAUCGCUUAAAGGGGGUUGUAGAAAAUGGGAUUAUUAAUACAUCGAACAUUGCCGUUGACAGCAUAUGAGAGGUUUGGUCUGCGAUAAUGUCUUUAAGUAGCUAAUGAGAGGCAAACAAUUUGUUUUACUAAAAGGUAUAUGCUAAGCUUGCUGAAGCACCACCCUGCUAUUAAAGCACAUAUGGGCACAACAAGUAGCAGCAUGACCACUGCAACACGUGUCCCUAUGUGAUUGAAUUGAAGAUAUCACGUUACCUCUGAAAAUGGACAUAACUAAAAAGGUUUUUUACCUGCACAGUCGCAAAGUGAUUCACAGCAUCCUUUAUGAAUAGUGCGAAAAAUUAUACUUAGGAGAAACGCCUUGGAGACCGUUUUAGAGAAUACCUGUACAACAUCAAUAAACAAAGCCCUUUGUCGAGUUUCUGAACAUUUCAAUAGUGCUAACCAUCACGGAAUUUCGGACAUUGCAGUUACAAGUAUAUUGUAUGCGAGGGAAAACAAAUGCAAUACAAGGUCUUGAAGGUUGAUGCCAUACUGUAUAAAACAAGUUCACACUUGAACAUAUCUGCAAUUUUUUUUUUCUGUUUGAUUUUAUAUCGUACUUCCACACACGCUCUUGGUUACGUGUGCCCAUUCUUAUUCAUUUCUAUUCUUUUCAUUCAUUUAAAAAAAAUAAUUUCUUGGAUAUACUUAUAGUAUUUAAAUUUAAGCUAUAUAAUUGUAUUAAUUUUUUUUUUUGUACUGGGGGAGGUAAUAACAUAUACGUAUGAAUUUGAAUUUGUCUUUUGUCUGAUCAUAAUUCAAGCUUCUUGUCUGUUGUUUUACCAACUCAAAAUAUUUGGGUCUCAUUAAUCAGCUGACAGCCGUUGAGAAAUAUGAUUGUUUUAUACCCCGCACAGCAAGAAAAUAUGUGGCAAAUUAGACAAUCAGUUACUAAUACGCCUGACAGACCAAAACGGAAUAAUUUACCAGAUCAAAUGAUAUUUUGGCUAUGAGGAGAUGAACUCAUUUUAAAAUAUAUGUUUCCAAACCGCUUGAAAUCGUCAUUGAAGUGCUUAAAAAUGUUUAGUUGUAUGAUAUUUCCUUUAAUAUUGUAGGAUCGCAUUAAGAUCUAUUCCGGAAAUUGAAGACAGCUCUGCCUGAAAUGACACACAAUCCUCACAGUCAUAUCUCUUUAUCCCUGAACCAACACUAGCCCCAUGUUUCUGUUCCAAACGGAUUUAGUUAAUUGGGAGGGGGUAAAAUAUCCCAUCAAGUUCCGGAUUAGCCAUGAUCAAAAUCUCACUGUUACAAUGGCAGGGCAAAUAGCCUGUUACAGACCGGAACAGGGACGUUCCGGAAAUGACGACAUGAGCGGGUUGUCACCUAAGAGGACGUUGUCGCAAAGGCUGAUAGAUUGCUUCGAGAACGUCAACCCGGUGGCUUCCGGAGUGAUGUAUAAUCUGGUUUGGAGGAAUUUGGCGAAGCGUGACCGAAACGCCCCAUAGGUGGGCCCCCGUGAACUCAAUGUGAUGGGAAUCAGUUGUGUUUUAGAUGGGGAGAUGGUCUUAGAACUUAUCCUUGAUUAUCUAUAGGUACAAAUUUAAUAAAAAAAAGAAAAUAAUAUGUUAAGGCAGAUUCUAAUACUGAAAGUUCAUCUUAUCUAACGCAAUGAAUCGCCAGCUAAUUUCUUUUUUAAAAUUGUUUUCAAUCUGGACUUUAGACUUUUUCAAUUCUUAACAUAAUUAUGCGAAGGAGUGCGUACAGGUUAAAGUAAUAAGAAAUAUAUACUGUAGAGAAAGAUUUGAAGAAGGACAACAAAAAAGGGGGGAACUUUUCGGCUAACAAGCCUUCGACAGUGAAAACACAGAGACAGCCAAACUCAGCUGGUAUAUAGAUAUUGAGUUGAAAGUACUGAACCAACACAAAAAUAUGAUGUUGUUUUGCAAAGUUGCCAGAUUUGGCGGUCUUAUCUUGAAUGCACAAACCUCGAUACUUUGAUGAUGGUUUUGGGAAGCUUGAAGACUGUACUCUAAGCAACUCAGACAGUCUAGCGGGGGAAAACUGAAUGUAGUGAAUUGGUUUUAAUUUAAAAAUAAUUUUUUGUUGUUUGUUUGUUUUUUUUGGUUGUUUUUUUUACAUCGCCGCGAAUCGAAGUUCUUGCGGUUUAUUUAUAAACAAUGUUGUCAAUGAAUGAUGAAUGCUGAAAGAAAUGGAAAUUACACUAACGCUGAUAAGAUCUUUUAACUGGAACAUUUUUUUCAAACCACGCUCGCUCUGUGAAUGCGACAGCAGUGACCACUGAAAGGCUGAUGAAGGAUGAGUAUUAUGACGGACAUAAGAUGAUUUUUUUUUGUUUUUUGAGUGGUCCAAAACCACAUCCACGUAUUCAGGCACAGAGACGUGCGAUGAAAGCGACCACAGAAACUCUCCCUACGGCUGACCUUGAAAAUAAAAGAAAUAUUUCAAGCAUCGCAAUCAGCAUUUCUUUAAAAGAGCGGUUCUCAUCCUGUGGGUCGCAACCCCUUUGGAGGAAAGGGGGGGGGGGUCGAACGUCCUUUACACAGGGGUCGCCUAAGACUAUCGGACAACACAUAAUUAUAAAGUAGCAACGGAAAUGAUUUAAUAUUUGCGGGGUCACCACAUCAUGAAAAAUUUUAUGAAAAGGGUCGCGGCAUUAGGAAGUUUGAGAAACACUGCUUUAAAACAUCAAUAUCUUUUUUUAUACGGCUAACCCAUCAAACCUUUUUAGAGAAAUUACUUUAAAAAUAAAUGCACAGUUAAUUUUUUUUUUAAAUUCUAACAAUUCCUUUAAAAAAUGUUAUUAUAAAGCAAAUUAUGUUAAAAUUUUACGAUUUAUAUUUCUUUAUAUAUAUUUAAAAAAAUCAUAUUUUAAAAUGAAGAUAGACUUUAAAGGGAGAAUGUUUAUUAAUUGAUUAAGUCUUUAUGUUAAAAAAAUUAUGAAUAUGAAGCUAGAUGAAAUCAUUGAAUCAUUAUCAGCCUCAAGCUUUCAUAAACUGAAUUUGAUCUAUUAUAGAUAUUCGUAAUAUAUAGUCUAGCGUAUAAUGCAUAGUUUCAAAUAAAUGAACAGUUUUUAAACAGUGGAUCGAUAGUAGGUUGUGUCGGCUAUAUCGUUUUCUUUUUUGUGUAUCGAAUUGAAGUAUGUAUUAAGUGUAGCAUUUAAAUGUAUUCGCGGAGAACAUAAUCGUAUCGGGAAAGUAUUCAAACGCCCAAUUUUUUUCCUUUAUCGUGUUCAUAUUCCAAAAGGUCACAAAAUUGAUUUAUUUGUACCAAGAUAUUUUAUAUUGCUUUUGAGUAGUUUAUAAAAUAUGAAGGAGUAUUAUAGUAGGCUACGGAGUAGUGUGUAAUUUAUCGGGGUAUUAUAGUAAAGUAAUGAGUAUUGUAUAAUACAUGGGGGAGUAAUAUAGUUAACUACGGAGUAGUGUGUAAUUUAUCGGGGUAUUAUAGUAAAGUAAGGAGUAUUGUAUACUACAUGGGGGAGUAAUAUAGCUCACUACGGAGUAUUGUGUAAUUUAUCCGGGUAUUAUAUUAAACUAAGGAGUAUUGAAUACUACAUGGGGGAGUAAUAUAGCUCACUACGGAGUAGUGUGUAAUUUAUCGGGGUAUUAUAGUAAAGUAAUGAGUAUUGUAUAAUACAUGGGGGAGUAAUAUAGUUAACUACGGAGUAUUGUAUGAUAUAUGGGUGAGUGCUAUAGUUAGGGAUUUGACUGAAAGAUUAGCAAGGCAAUUCCAAUAAGUAGUAAAAUACACCGAAAAACUUUGGCUACAACAUGUUAAUUUACUAGAGCAUUAUCACGACAUUGAUGGAAUUUCAAUUUUCACUGUGUAUUUAAUAUGUGUUUCAGAAUAUAGUGGUGUUAGUUAAAACUGUUUUCUUCUUCCGUUUUCCCCCAAUCAAUUUGGAAUUAAAUGCGGGCUUAAAAAGAAAAAAUAUAGAAAUUAUAAAAAAAUGUUUGCUUUAGAAAUAUAGGACUCACUUCUAAUGAUAAUUUAACUUCAAUAAUAACUACACAAAUUACAGUAUAGCUAAUAUGAAAAUAUUAAGAUAUAUGAAAUUAGCUAUCGUAUUUAUCGGCGCAUAGCACGCAGUUUUUCUCCCUGAAAAUAGGGGGAAAAUGAUUUGUGCGUGUUAUACGCCGAUAUAAUGUUCAGGACCCAUAGUACAUACCGCAUAGCCGCGCGAAUGGUGCGUGUUAUAUGCCGGUGCGUAUUAUACGCCGAUAAAUACGGUCUUUCUAUUUUUUUUUAAUUUUUUUUUUUUAUUUUUUAUUUUUUUAUUUUUUUUUGUUUUUGUUUUGUUGUUGUUAGGGAAACCGUAACUCGAGUUUCAAGUCCAGCGUUAUCAUCCUUGUCUUCCGAGCUUGUCUCCCAUGACAUCUCCCCCUAUUCAGGUAGUCAUUUCUAGAACCAAGUGGUUUCUUCUAAGUUCGAUGGAUUUAGAUUUGAUGUGAAUAGAAAUCUAUCGAUCCUUCCAGCCCACCAGAGCCCCCCCCCACACCCCCCCUGGCCCACCCUACCUCCUUCUCCUUUCCGCCCAUGAGCUGUCUAGGACAUCAGAACUGCAGACACUGUUCUGGUUAUAAUUUAUUUAAAGUUUAAUUUCAUUCGUUUUAGAAUUACAUUUAAAAUAUUUUUUUAAAAAAAGAUUUCAUCUUUACAACAGCAAUGGGCCGCACGAGGUGUAUCAAUGAAAUAUGAGAACAGUCAGUAUCACGAAACGUGGUUAUAUACUUAAAUCCUGAUGAUACAAAACACACAAAAGGUUCUAAAUCAGUGGUUCUCAAAAAUAACUGUGGGGUGUCCCGGGGGGGGGGGGAGUAGCAGUAUAAGGAUAAAUAGAUCUAGGGCCACGUUGGGACCACCCUAGAGAGAGGGGGGGGGGCGGAAGCAGUGCAUUAUAUUAGAAAACCAUUUUUUUAUAAUUCAAAUUUAUUUAAAAGUUGAAGUCAAAAAUGAUUUCAUGUUAUUGGAAGGACUACCGACUCCAAAACUAGUCCAACAUUAGAAGGGGUUUUCAACCAUAAUCAAAUAUUUACGGAGAAAUUCGAAGUUAACGUACUUUACGAAAAUAGUGAAUUUACCUCAAAGAGGAGCCGACGACAUAUGUUUUUUAUACAUAUUCAAUAGUCGCAUACAUAUGAAAUGGUGGUGUGGUUUAAUGGCUUGACCAGAGCUUUCAAGCGCUGUGACCUAUGUUAGCACUGGUGAGACCGGUAAAUGCCAUUGAUGACGGGGGGGGGUCAGUCCUCAGGUGCUUUUUUUUUUUAAACAAGAACAUAUCUUUUUAAGUGGACAGAAGGCAAUGCCUCUGUAGAGGUUGGUCAUCGUAGCGGUUACAGGUCGAAGCUAACUAGAUUAACUUAAUUUUAAGUUUGUGUUUUCUUGGAAGAAAUUUGAGAGAGAGGGGGGACAGAGAGGGAGAGAGAGAGGGAGGGGGGAAGAGAGAGAUAGAGUGAGAGAGAAAAACAGAGAAAAGGAGAGAGAAACAAAAAGAGAGUGAUAGAGAUAAAGAGAAAGAGAGAUAAGGGGAGAAAGACAGAGAGAGAGGGAGCGAUUGCGAGAUAUAGAUUAGAAGAGAUAGAGAAAUAUAGAGAUAGUCAAAAAUAGUGAGAGAUAGAGAGAGAGAGAAAUAGUGAGGGAUGGAUUUAGAGAGAAACAGAAAGAAAUAGGGAGAUACAGAGAAAAGAGAGAGAGAGAGAGAGAGAGAGAGAGAGAAAGAGCAGGAGAGAUAGAGAGAAGUAGAGAGAGAUAGAGAGAAAGUGAGAAAGAGAUCGGUAGAGAGAAACAGAGAGAGAGAGAGAGAAAGAGAGAGUAAAGGGACAGAUAGUUUACAAGUCUCCUGCUGUUUCAGAUCUUAUUAAGGGGUUCAUUUCACAAACAUAAAUCUUCCCACAAGGCCGUUAUAGUAAGCAUCAUUUAAAUUGGCUUCUCUACUCUAGGGAUGCUAGCAUCAAAACACUGAAUCAAACUCAAACACAAGACGGCGACAAUGGGACUAGGACUAGACACUGUACUCAAGCUAUGAAGACGGAGGCAGUGGGACUUGGACUAGACACUGUACUCAAGCUAUGAAGACGGAGGCAGUGGGACUUGGACUAGACACUGUACUCAAGCUAUGAAGACGGAGGCAGUGGGACUUGGACUAGACACUGUACUCAAGCUAUGAAGACGGAGGCAGUGGGACUUGGACUAGACACUGUACUCAAGCUAUGAAGACGGAAUCAAACUCAAAUACAAGACGGCGACAAUGGGACUUGGACUAGACACUGUACACAAGCUAUGAAGACGGAGGCAGUGGGACUUGGACUAGACACUGUACUCAAGCUAUGAAGACGGAGGCAGUGGGACUUGGACUAGACACUGUACUCAAGCUAUGAAGACGGAGGCAAUGGGACUUGGACUAGACACUGUACUCAAGCUAUGAAGACGGAGGCAGUGGGACUUGGACUAGACACUGUACUCAAGCUAUGAAGACGGAGGCAGUGGGACUAGGACUAGACAUUGAACUCAAGCUAUGAAGACGGAGGCAGUGGGACUUGGACUAGACACUGUACUCAAGCUAUGAAGACAGAGGCCGUCAAGUAUUCUGUUGCAUAUCUAAUACUUGACCUCAUAUCAUAUUUUCUGGGUGAUGUCAAAUAUUUGGGCUUUUCUAGGGUUUUAUGAUUCUGGCGACUGUUUAGAGGGCGUGUACCACUUGGUCAUACAACGAACUAGCUUGAUUCAACCAACACUAGAUUCAUAGUACAUAAGGCGUUUAUUUCAGACAGCAUUAAAACACCCAUCUGGUUUACAUUGAGUUGAGACAUGAAUCCAAAUGUAUAACAAAAUUCCACUCAGCAAAACAUCUCGUCGUGGCUCUAUCUAAAAAUCCACAUCUCGCUAAAGCUCGCCCUAUCUCACACUGUUCAAAGUUCCCAGUUCACUCUAGCGUCUGUGAACAUACUAUCACUACCAUCAAGGGUUGCAGGGCGCAUGUGGUGUCUCUGCCUGUGUCUCUGCAAUAAGCAAGGGUUGCAGAGCGCAUGUGGUGUCUCUGCCUGUGUCUCUACAAACAGCAAGGGUUGCAGGGCGCAUGUGGCGUCUCUGCUUGUGUCUUUGCAAGAAGCAAGGCUUGCAGGGCGCAUGUGGCGUCUCUGCUUGUGUCUUUGCAAGGGUUGCAGGGCGCAUGUGGUAGCUCUGCUUGUCCACUUGUCAUCAUGAUCACUGUCGACUCUAUAGAGUCAUUAAAUUAAUGUUCCAGUUUUGACUGGUGUAUUACAAGACCCACCGUCGGUGUGUCUGGUUGGACACUGUGGUAAUCCUUUGACUUAGUUCCGAAAUUAGGCGGUUUAGACGCGGACAGAAAUUGAGGUUAGAAUUAAGGGAAAAUUAUGUCGUGGCCGUAGGAGAACGAUUUAGAUUGGUGAGAAAUGCGGGCCUACAAAUAAGACUUACAACCUUAAUGUAAAGCUGCAAUCAUGUAACUUUAUGGGCUUACUAAAUGCUGUUUAAGGGUAAUAAGGGGAGAGACUGCAGUCAGACUAAAUGCUGUUUGAUGCGAGUUAGGAUAAGGGUGGACUUUCCAGGCAUUGACCCAAAGCUCCUACCGAAAAGUAAGUCCUACCCAAUCACCAGCUCAUCUUCCAUUUCUGCUAUUAAUCAUUCGUCCUCAGUUGUAAAGUUUUUCUUUUUCGUUACAUUAAAAUGUUCUCUCUUUAUUAAUAAAACAAAAAUAACAAGAACGAAACAUGCCCCCCUCCCCCCCUCUCACAUCUCCUUUCACCCGUUGAGUGCUACAACCGGGUUAAAGGCUAGAUCCGUCAAGGCCCCGGUGCAUUCUCCCAAACAAAUGUCUUCAUUUCUCUGUCGUCCACAGAACUGAAGGAGCGCUUCAUCCGCUGGCUGGACCACGACAACGACGGCCAGUCCACGUUCGACGAGGUCAAGAACUACAUCAGACGCUUUAAGCCUGACGUCACGGACCAGACGGUGGCCGCUUUCAUCAGUCGCCGAGACAGCAACGGUAACUGGGGCGGGCGUCAUUGAGUUGACGGCCCCUGUGGUGGUGUUAAGGCUUACACGCUGUUGUGUUAAGUCGUUCUGCUUUCAUUUGAACUGGUUUUUCUGGAUCAUUUUAAGCCUACUUUUAGGAAUCUCUGCAAGGAGUCUUACAUUCUAUAUAGAUUCUAUCGCCUUGAUUUAACUCCACCCAUUUCUGAAUAAUUUUAGCUAAAGCGAUCACUUGAAUAACUCAUUUGUGGAGAUGUUAAUUUCCAAAUGUCUAUUGUUGCGAAAAGUAUUUUUAAGAUUAAAUUUUUUGAAAUCUCUGUCGAGGGGUUCAUUCGAUCAGAGCAGUAAUUAUUUUAGUUAAAGACAUAAUAAAAGUGGGUUCAUUUGAAGUAAGAUAUGAUAAAUAAGUCGCUGUAAGCUACUAGUUUGCAAACCAAAAAAAAAAAUGUUAAAAUCUAUAUUUUGGAACUUGCUUAAAAUAAAAUCAAUAGAAAUCUCCAAACUACAAAUAUCGCAGGAAAUAAUUAUUAUAAAUAACGAGGAGGCGAAAUCUGGCCUGGAGAGUUUGAAAUAGUAAAACAUUAUCAUAAAAGAUGUUUCUAUUAUUCGUAGACUUACUAAAGGAUUUUAAAAUCGAAUAAUUCACUGACUAGAUUUGUACAUGGUAACUUUAUAAUUUUAAAAUGGCUGCGCAAAUCAAUAGAUUUAUGAGUUAAAAAUAACGUCCCUCGAUCAACACAUUAUCAAUAACAGCUAAACAAAAAUCAAUCCACGGUUCUGGGAGAUUAAAGACGUCACUUCGCCUUAGUAUGGUGACAGCUGAGCACUUAAUUUAGCAAAACAAUUCUCUAAAUUAACGCCAUGAAUUAGACACUUACUUAACGAUGUAUAAUUCAUUCCUCCUUCAACGUGUUGUAAUCAGAUGGCUGAAUGCCUGGGGCAAAUACCUUGUCAAUCAGGCAAUUCGUCUCAUUUGAUGGCGCCAUUGUAAGGUAGAAAUAUAACUUUAAAAAUCACAUGCCUGUCUUGUGAAAAUAAAUGGGAUAAGUCGAAGUACCUUUCGACUAAUUCAAAAAAAAACAACAACAAAAAAAAAUGUAUUUUAGAAAAAUAGUUUAUAAAGCAAAAUAAAUAUGAAUUCAUUCUAAUUUCGUCGUUGACAAUUUCAAAACUGGCAAUUUACUUUACAUUCAUUUCUACGCCUUUGAUGACCUUAAAUCUAAAUAUAAAAAAAAAUUAUUUAAAAAAAAAAAUGAUAGUAAAGAUAAAAGAAAAACUUUAUAACGAUUGAAAAACUUUCUCAGCCAAUAUUUUUCAUUCAUCUUUUGUAGGCUCCACACUCCACUGUUCAGAUUAAGGCAUCCAAAACACAAUCAAUCUUUUUUUCUUUCUUUUGGUAUCCACUUUCAUUUUCGAGGCACCACUUUUAAUGGUGUUAUGAAAUUAUGUAAACAAGUUCUAUGGACGAAUGAAAACCAGGUUAUGACAUGAAAGCUCGCAAAAAACGUCUGAUGUUAUUUCGGAGUGUAGUUCCAUGGCAGACAUAAAAUAGCCAAACUUCGUCUGUGAAGUCGCCUUUGGAUGGGAUACUUCUGAUCAAACAUGAAAAAAAAAAAUUCAUUUGAGGAAUAUGCGUUCUGAAAUUAAAGGAAGCUUCACAUUAUUUCAAUCAAUAUUUUGUUUAUUUCAAUUUAAUCGUUAUGGGUAUUGUUCAUGUAGGGAUUAUUAAUGUGUUUACAGCGCCGGAUUUGAAAUCCUUUGGAGUUUAGGCGCUGGUGAUUUGACCAGUGAAGUAAAAACGUUCUUCCUUUGAAGGAAAAUAAACACUAAAAUUUACAAUGUAAUCGAGAAUAUUAUACAAUACAAAAUACUAACACAAUCCCCCUUGAUCUUGUACUCUGAAAUUAUCCAUGCAACUUAACGUAAGAUUCUUCUUUUCCUUUUUUUUUUUCUUUUCUGGCCACUAAAUCUGAGACUGACCUUUGCCAUCCAUCGACCACCGUAUCUGGCGAGGAGUAAUCGAUAAUAGAAUUAUGCGGGUGACAGGCCCAGGGACCGUCCCCUUUAUGACGUUUUAAUGUCGCAAAUUAUCCGAGUCCAUAAAGCAAAGACGACGUCGUGUCGUUGGCACGGGCCCCGCACAAGACCGUAUUACCGAUGCCACUGUCUGGUACACUAGAAAAUGCUUUUAAUAUAUAUAUAUAUAUAUAUAUAUAUAUAUGGAAAAACAAACAAAAGAAUGGUUUAACUUUUAAAAAAAAUGCGCUUUUUAAAACUAUGUCGGAAAAUGUUCGUCGUAUGUAAGUGGUGUGUGUGUUUUCUGGGCUGGGUAAACAUGAGUUUAGGAUCUUUUUGUUAACUUAUGCUAAAAAAUGUAACGGAAAAAAAAAAAAUUCUAAAUAGGGUUUUAAAUAUGUUUCGUCAAGAUUUUUUUAGUCAUGUUGAAAUGAUGGAAAACCAUCGCCUUGGUCAUAUCUUAAUUUAAUUUUUUUCUUAUUUGAAAGGAAGCAAAUUAAUUUUAUAUAAAGAAUGAAACAGCUCUUGAAUAUGUAAAAAAAAAUAACUUUGAAAGAACAACGAAAAGAAAAUGUCAAGGCAUGAUCCCACCCCCCCCCCCACACACACACACACAUAUUUUUUCGACCCAAAAAAUAAAUUUAUAUAAAGAAAGAAAAAGCUCCUGAAUAUGUAAAAAAAAAUAACUUUGAAAGAACAACCAAAAGAAAAAGUCAAGGCAUGAUCCCCCCCCCCCCCCCACACACACACACACAUAUUUUUUCGACCCAAUAGUCGAGAUUACAAAUUAUUUGUUUGUGUUCAUCAAAAGAACGUUAUCAUUUACAACUACUACCUGCCAUAGAAGUCAGUGGUCGGCAAAUGUUUUGGGAGCUGGAGCUAAACAAUGAUAUCAUUUACAACUGCUACCUGUCAUAGUAGUCAGUGGACGGCAAAUGUUUUUGAGCUGGGGCUCUUUGAUAAAUUGUGUCUGCUCAGAAAACAUUUAGGCAGAGCCGCAUGCGGCCUCUCAGACUUUGGACGCCCUAAAGCCUCAUGGGAUUAGGAUCAACCCCAAGAUUUAUAAUACUUAGUGGCGUCACCAAAACAUAAACUAAGAAGAGGGCCUUUAGUUUCACUACCUACUCAAUGUCCUUUAGCUUCACUACCUACUCAAUGUCCUUUAGUUUCACUACCUACUCAAUGUCCUUUAGUUUCACUACCAACUGAAGGUCCUUUAGUUUCACUACCUACUCAAUGUCCUUUAGUUUCACUACCUACUCAAUGUCCUUUAGUUUCACUACCUACUGAAGGUCCUUUAGUGUUACUACUUACUCAAUGUCCUUUAGUUUCACUACCUACUCAAUGUCCUUUAGUUUCACUACCUACUGAAGGUCUUUUAGUUCCACAACCUACUCAAUGUCCUUUAGUUUCACAACCUACUCAAUGUCCUUUAGUUUCACUACCUACUCAAUGCCCUUCAGUUUCACUACCUACUCAAUGUCCUUUAGUUUCACUACCUACUCAACUUCCUUUAGUUUCACUACCUUCUCUUGUUCAACAUUGGUCACAACCGUAAACUAAACAAAGAGACCAAACAGUAGCUUGCACUUAUGUACCUACUCACUCCAUCACUGUACAUCAUGGCCAGGCAUUUCUUUAGGAUUAGGGUCCCUAACAAUCCGUGGUCACACGCGACGGUACCUGCGCAAAUAAUAGGCUAACAGAUUCGCAGUGACAACAACAAUGGUGGAGUCGUUGAGUCCAUAAACAUGUGCUAAUCCUAUCAAGGGGGCUCUACUCAUUUUUAUAUGAUUUUUUUUUCGAAUCCAUCGUAUUACUAAAUAGUUGUUCUUUCUAAUCGAAUUUAAUACUUAAUAGUUGUUCUUUCUAAUGGAAUUUAAUACUAAAUAGUUGUUCUUUCUAAUGGAAUUUAAUACUAAAUAGUUGUUCUUUCUAAUGGAAUUUAAUACUAAAUAGUUGUUCUUUCUAAUCGAAUUUAAUACUAAAUAGUUGUUCUUUCUAAUCGAAUUUAAUACUAAAUAGUUGUUCUUUCUAAUCUAAUUUAACACUAAAUAGUUGUUCUUUCUAAUCUAAUUUAAUACUAAAUAGUUGUUCUUUCUAAUCGAAUUUAAUACUAAAUAGUUGUUCUUUCUAAUCGAAUUUAAUACUAAAUAGUUGUUCUUUCUAAUCUAAUUUAACACUAAAUAGCCUCCAGUAUUAGUGAUACUAACUUCUUGUAUUUUUUUUUCUGUGCACCUAAUUAAAACAAAGAGAGAUUUAUUUACCUGCAGAGCAAAGGCACCGAUACAAUGGAUUUAAUAUUAUAUACUUUAAGCUCUAUUUAAAAGUCUCUAUUUAAUGGGUCUUCUCUUGCAUUAAAUAUAUUAAAAAAACAAAACAAAACAGCAAGUCUAAUCUGUAUUAAUUCUUGGUAUUGAUCAUGUAAGAAAUCUGAAAUCGGGAAAACUGUGUUGGAAAUUUCCCCGUUAACAUAACUUACCGAGAACAUAUUUCAAAUAAAACAAUGUUUUUCUUCUCUUAACAACCCUUGAAUGAAAGAAAGACGAUUAUUUUCUAAAACCACGAUUGACUUUUGCUGAGCACACCCUCCUGAAUGGAAGUAACACCAUCCUCUUUCGAUUCGACAUUUUCAUCACCUUGUUCCCCUAAUCACGCACCCACUUAACUUAAUAGACAUCGCAAAGUUGAUAAUGUUUAUCUCAUUAGGAAUAGGGGGACCCGAGAUUUAAAAAAAAAAAAAAAAAAAUCAUUCGAACGUAAUUCCAAAACUACAUUUUUAAGAUUACAUUUACUGAUAUAUAAAGUUUUAAAAAAAUUGGAAGGUGUAUUAAAUUGUACUCCAAGUUUCAACCGCAAUAAACUCUCCACCGUCUACUCAGGGAACGGCGCCAUAGACUUCGUCCCCGAGUACGUCCACGACAUGGCGGCACCAGACUACACGCUCGAGGGCGCCAACGAGUGGUUUAAACUCCAGGACACCAACGAUGACAGCUUUGUAACAGGUGAGUGCACGUGUAGGUCAGUUUAACGAACAGAAAAUUUUUUUUUUUUUUUUUUUUUUUUUUAAGUAGUUUAUGUUUUUCGUUUAGUCUAGGGGUAAUAAGUAACAACGUUGAGAUCUGCUAUGGCUCUUUGAUAUGGAUUUGAUACGGCUCUUUUAUCAAUAAUUAACUCGACAGCGUGCCUUUUCCCCGUCCAGUGUCUCUCUGCAACUCACUAACUACCAAAACAAACAGCGUCAUCUCACGGAACAGUAUUCACAUGAAUGAAAGAGACUGAAUACAAAAUAUCAUUUUUAGUACGAUCAGAAAAAAAAGGCAAACCGCGCGCAUUCAAAGCACUUUAAAUUUUCAGAGUUUUAAUAAUUUGGCGUGGUGUUUCUGCUGUGAGGGAUUCAAAAUCGAAGCCAUAUUAAUGACGUCACAGCAUGUAAAGGUAAAUACUUGAAUGUCGUCAAGCUGUAUAGAUAUAUAUAUAUAUCCUUAUAUCCUCCCAACAGAGGCAGAGCUGGUCAAGGUGGCAGAGGCUGUCGGCAUGUCCCCAGAGGAGGCACUGGACACUGUCCAGGGUUAUUACAUGUCCGCCGAUGCGAACAAGGACGGGAAACUUUCACUUGAUGGUAUGCUGUGGUGGUGGCGGGGAAAGGGUGAUGCUGUGGAUGAGUGGUGAUGUGUUGGCGGUGGUGAUACGGCAGUUUGGUUCUGGAGGUUGGGUGGUGCCAAGGUUGAGUGGUGCCAAGGUCGGGUGGUGCCAAGAUCGGUUGGUGCUAAGGUUGGGUUGUGCCAAGGUUGGGUGGUGACAAGGUCGGGUGGUGCUAAGGUUGGGUGGUGCUAAGGUUGGGUGGUGCUAAGUUUGUGUGAUGGUUAUAAGGUUGAGUGGUGCUAAGGUUGAGUGGUGGUAAGAUUGGUUUGGGUGGUGUUAAGGUUUGUUGGUGUUAGGGUUGAUUUGUGCUAAGGUUAUGUGGUUGUGAGGUUGGGUGGUUCUAGGGUUGGGUGGUGCUAAGGUUGAGUGGUGCUAAGGUUGAUUGGGUGGUGCUAAGAUUGGGUGGUGCUAAGUUUGAGUGAUUCAAAGGUUGGUUGGGUGGUGCUAAGUUUGGGUGGCUCUAAGAUUGGGUGGUGCUAAGGUCUGGUGAUGCUAAGGUCAUUUGGUGCUAAGUGUAGAUGGUGCUAUGUUUGGGUGGUACUAAGUUUAAUCGGAACUAAAUUCGGGUGGUACUGAGGUUCUGUGUUGCUAAGGUUGGAUGGUGCUUGGUUUGGGUGUAUAUGAAUGGUUUCGUGUGAGGAAAGAUGUGUGCCAUAAUUUAGCAUUCAGGAGCACUUCGGACAUUUUUAACUUGGUAAUGCACAAAUUACAUGGGUUGGAUCCUUCAAACAAACCUACAGAAUGAAGGUUUACCCUGAUGCUUCCAGAACAGAUCCCUGUCGUUGCAGACGGCUUCAAGGCAGUAUAUUAUCCCUUAAUUGAAUUUUCAAAAGGUAAGUUCCACAGUAUUUUGGAGCUGUCCAUUCGUCCAAGAGCGUAAAAUUUCUUGCACGUUAUCCAGGGGCCCAGAUAUGGUCGGAUCCUUUCUGAUGGUUAAGAGUAAAUGAUGUUCUCUUUCUUAAAAAAUGACCAAAGUGCAUUGUUUUGGAUGCUGUUGUUGAAGUGAUCCCGACAACGUGCCAGUGUUGGAUUGCAGAGACGAAGAUGAAAGGAUUUAAUGUUUUACCUAGUUACAGUCGUUUCUUAGCAGUUACAGAUUCGAUCUCUUCAUUAACAACCCAUGCGACGAGGGAGGUGGGGGUGGUUUGGUAUGAAAGGAGGUAUUUUACUGCUAGCAUUUGAGAAGUGUAACUGUAAAGUUCUACCAGCAUUGCAUAUUUGAAAAUCUAGAAAAUUAAAAACGGCUUAAGUUUUUAAUAUGUAAAAUAAAUUUACAUAUUUCUUUUUUUUUUCCCCUUCAGAAUUCAAGACACUGUACAGCCCUUAAGAUUGGAGACGCGAAACUACACCAUUGGGUCUCCCUUUGACGUCAUCCGUGUCAGAACGUGCAACCCAAUGACGUCACGUCGUGUCAUUUUGCGAUAAAAAAAAAAUAACGAAAGUGAUUUUGAGCUUGAUUUUUAUUCUAAAUUUAGAUACAUUUUAAUAUUCAUUUCUGAGAUAAUCUUUUUUAAUAAUAUAUUUUACUCAACCUUUAAAUUAUCAUUUGUUGAAAUAUGCUCGAUAAAAUGGGAACACAUUUUCAAGAGAUAGUGUAAUCUUUAAAAUUUAGACAGAGGCAUGGAUAUCAGAUUAUCUUAAAAAGAAAGCAUCAAGCAUAAAAGUUUUUUUUCUCCAUAUUUUAUUUAUUUUAUUAUGUUAUUUAAAUUUAAAAAAAAAUCUAUUUUAGGGUUAUUUAAUGAUGCCAUUGGUUAGAUAUAUUUUUUAAAUUUCUAUUUUAUGCUUUGUAAAUCAUGGUAAAUUGAAAGGAUAAAGAAAUUUUAGAGAUCACUGAAACAUGCCAUUUUGUAUAUAAAAAAAAAUAAUAAGUUAGAGUGAAAAUUUUUUAAAGUAUUUAUUGCGGGGCGUUUUUAUUGUCUUAAAGAGUUACAAGAAAUAUAUUACUGCAUUAUUUAGGCUCAUAAGUAAUUAAGCUUCACUGUCAUCCAUUUUAUGAAUAGUGUUCUUAUUCUCUUUGUCUCUCUGUAAAAUUUAUAUUUUAAACUAUUUUUUUUAAGCAAAAAGAAAUUUGUUAAAAAAAACAACAAAACAAUAAAAAAAAAAACAAUUUAUAAAAAAACCCAAAAAACUCAUCGUUUAAGUUUAAGAGAAAGAAUUUUUAGACAUUAAAAGCAAAAAUAGUAAGGCGAAUGUUCUGGAUUUUAUUGGCACAAUUUUUUUUUGUAAAACUCUGUCCAUGCCAUAAUAUCAAUCAGAUUAAACUUUUACAAAUCUUGACCGCCUUUUUUGUUACAGUCUUUUAUAAAGGGAAUUCACAAAAAGAAGUCGGUGCAUUUCAUAUAAUAGAUGUGUGUUUUAUUCUCUAACUAAUAACCACACGAGUGAGAAUCCUCGCUUCACUUCACUUCAGUUUUGGGGAAAAAAAAAUGCAACAACAAACUAUUAAAUAAGUAAAAACAAAAAAUAAAAAAAAGUAGUGUUUAUUACAAUUGAAACAUUCCUUUUCAAAAAUAUUGCAAUCAUUUUCGCUAAGUUAUGUAGUUAAAGUUGUGCUUCAUUGACAAGCGAUGUUAGGGGAAUUAAAAUGAAGUUAUUUGAACAUUAACACAUUAUUAGUGGUUUAGUUUGUGUUUAUUACAAAGAAAACUGGGGGAAUAAAUCUUUACACACGAAUAUACUGUUAAUAAAAGGUUUACAUUGUUUUCCUCCCCUUAGCAGCCAUCUCUUUCUCUCCUUCGAUUUGAAACUUUAACAGAAUUUGAAUAAGAUAAGAGAUAAAAAAAAAGAUAAAUUAAGUGUAGAUAAACAAAAAAUUAAACAUAUUAUUCUCUAUUUUUAAUUCUAUUCCAAAAAAUAAUUUUUACUAAAAGUAAAUAAAAUCUUUUUUUGAAAAAUAGUGUAGCAUAAAUAUUUUGCUCCCAUAAUUUAAAUAUUGAAAUUU